GUUUUCAAUUGGUGUACCGUGUAUAUAAACUAAACAGUUAUUAUUCUAUUUUUUUUUUCCAUUGAGUAUUCAAGUGUCCCUUGAAGCAAACGUUUGUCUCCAUUGAUUCAAGUGAGGAUGCUAUUUCCUCUCCCCACACUGAGGUGCCCCAGGUAAGACAGCCCUGUGCAGGUGAGGAGGAAGUCUUGACUGACUGUGCACCUGUGACAAGGUCCUGGGAGAGAAUGCUGCUUUUGUUACAUCGUUGCAUGUCUGCUGGCUGAAGAUUCUGAGCGCAGAAUGGUCAGAGCUCAGAGAAGAACUGGAACUUCUGCUUUUUUUUUGUUUCACUUUCCUCUGUUUGAGUGUGUGGGUUGGCUUUAGACACUGUUCUCUAUUGUUCCCGGAAGAGGACUGAUUUUCUAUGUACAGUAGCCGUGUUGGAGAUCAGGAAUCUCCCACCCGUUUUUUUGCCCUUUUCUCCUCUUGCCCCUCUCAGUGAGCUGGUUUACAGGAUGUCCAGCAGUGGUGAGAGCAUGGGGUCAGCCUCCCCCUAUUCUUCUGACAGUCAGACGUCUGUGGGACAGAGGGAACAGGACACUAUCCAGCCUACAACCAUCAGCAGCGCUCUGGAGUGUAUCCCUUGCAAUAAACUGGUAUCUCUCGAAUUUAUCAACAAAGGGGCUUACGGCACCGUCUACAGAGCUUCCCAUGAAGACUGGAGGGUCCUAGUGGCCGUGAAGUAUUUCCCGACAGAGCGCCACCUAGUGGAAGUGUGAGUGUACAGUCCAUGCGUGAUGACAGAUUUUCCUUCUGAAGCAAAUGUCACAGGAGGAUAUUUAGUUUUUCUUUCAGAUUAAUGUAUUUGCUAUACAUUAGAGUCUUUUUUAUUUUCAGAUUUACAGAUGUGUGUUUUUUUAUGUAGUCAGUACUGGUUAGCGAGCAGAGCCAUUAAGAUAAAUAUCUGAGCAUUACACUGAGGUUUCCCAGUGUAAACAUUAGAUUCCAGGAACUUUUAUGUGUCAUGGUUAUCAGAACUGAUUUAACCCCUUUAGCUUCAGUUAUGUCUACAGGAUUACUCUGUGCUCUUCCAAGGUUUAAUAAUUUAUUAGGAAUAUGUAUCUGAAUUUGUAUAUUUCUUAAAUCAUAACAUAUAAAACUAUAGCUGUAAUGGCUAGCUUUAGUUUUUUUAGUUGGGACAUUUAACCCCUUAAGGACCGGACUGUUUUUGAGAUGUUGUACAUUUGCGACCAGGCAUAUUUGUACACUUUUGUGGUGUUUGUUUUUAGCUAGAAUUUUCCGCUCUCUCAUUUAUUGUUCCCAUACAAAUUAUAUAUUGUUUUUUUAAGGACAAAAGGGACUUUCUUUACAUACCAUUAUUUAUAUAAUCUCAUGUAAUUUAAUUUUUUAAAAAUAUGAUGAAAAAUUGAAAAAAAAAAGGUUUUUUUUACUUUUACUUGAAAAAUCUUUUACUCAUCUACAAAAGCGAAUGAAAAAAACUGCUAAAUAGAUUCAGAAUUUUGUCCUGAGUUUAAAAAUACCCAGUGUUUACGUGCUUUUUUGCUUUUUUGUUUUGCAAGUUAUAGGGCUAUAGGUACAAGUAGGAUAUUGCCGUUUCAAAACAUACAUUUUUAAAAUUUAUCAAUAGUGACAUUGUAACACUAUUAUCUGUCAUAAAUCUCUGAAUAACACCCCACAUGUACAUAUUUUUUAAGGCAAUGUAACCAACCUGGCCAUUUUCAAUGUAAAAAUAUUUGACCCAUAUAUUUGACCCUGUAACUUUCAAAAACGCUAUAAAACCUGUCCAUGGGGGUAUUGUUAUACUCAGGAGACUUUGCUGAACACAAAUAUUAGUGUUUCAAAACAGGAAAACGUAUCACAACAAUUAUAUCAUCAGUAAAAGUGUUGUUUGUGUGUGAAAAAUGCAAAAAAAGUCACUUUCACUGACAAUAUCAUCGCUGUGAUAUGUUUUACUGUUUUGAAUCACUAAUAUUUGUAUUCAGCAAAGUCUCCCGAGUAAAACAGUACCCCCCAUGUACAGGUUUUAGGGUGUCCUAAAACGUUACAGGGUAAAAUACAGUGCUAGCAAAUUAAAUUCUCUGGACUUUUGGCCUGGGUUGACAGGCAGGUCCCUCAAAUCAAUAAAAUUACUUAAUUAUGUAAAAAUAUUACAUAAAUACACACGUAGAAUUUAAAUAUAUAUGCAUAUUUAUAUAUUUGAAGUCUACAUGUAUACUAAUAUAAUUAUUUAUGUAAUUUUGUAUAUGGACAUAUGUAUAUUUCGUAUUAUUUGUAUUUAAUUUCAUUCUAAGUGUUUUUUUUAUAUAAAUAUAUAUAUAUUAAUAUCAAAAUACAGUUAGAAUAAAUUUUCAUAUAAAUAUAUAAUUUUUUUUAAUUUUUAUUAUUUUAAAAUGUUUUAAUUUAAUUUAAAUUACUUAUUAUUUAUAUUUUAUAAUAAUAUAUAUAUACACAAUAUAUAUAGUUAUUAUAUAUAUUAUAUAUAUACGUGUGUAAUUUAAUUCUAAGUGUAUUUUUAUAUUAAUAUAUGUACAUAUUCAUAUAAAAAUACACUUAGUAUGACAUUAUAUAUAUAUGAUAUAUAGACAUAUUAUGUAGAUAUAAUAUAUGUCUAUAUAUCAUAUAUAUAUAUAUAUAUUUUUUUUUUUUUUUUAAUUAACAUUAACUUUAUUUUUUUUUAAUGAUUUUACACUAGCAGGGAGACUGCCUGUCAGCACAGACAGUCCCUCUGCAGGCAGACACAUGGACACCUAUUGUGACCAUGUGAUUGCUGUGUUGAGCGAUCACAUGGACACAGGGGUCCUAAUCCAGUGUGGGGAGACUGUCUGGGCUGCAGGCAGUCUCCCCACAACGGGAGCACUGCCGAUCGCCGCCGGGGGAACGACGGCGAUCAGGUAAGUAACUAAGACCGUUAGGACGGUUCAGGACCGUCAGCGGUCGGCAAGGCAAAAUGCUGAUGACGGUCCUGAACCGUCCACGGUCCUUAAGGAGUUAAAGGAGCACUAUAGAGUUAGUAAUAGAAACCUGUAUUCCUAACGAUAUCGUGCCCCAGUCCCUAGUUAGAUACACUACCUCCCCCCUCCACUACUUCCCCCCCUCCCCCCCCACACACACACACUGUUGUUUGUCAAAUAAAAUUAACCCCUUAAGGACACAGCUUCAGAAAUAAAAGGUCAUCAUGACAGAAAAGUUCUCUUAUGUGUCCUUAAGGGGUUAAGAAAAAAUAAAAAGGUUUUACUCGCCUUUUUCCAGCACCAUGGCUGCUGCUCAACUCUCAGUCUCCCACAACGUCAUUGCGAAGGCAUGGCCUCCUCCACUUGUGGUCCAAUCUAAAAAAAACUUCAAUGUUUUACAUUGCGGGGUCAAAAGGACAGGGCCACUGCACCCAGAUGGCUUUAUUAAGAUGAAAUAGUAUUGGUGACUUUAGGGUCCCUUUAAGCUUGAUAAACUGGGCUGUUUAAAACAUUCUCUGGUUCCCAUGUUGUUAUAGAAAUAAUCUAGAGCACUUUAUCCCUGGCUGUAUAGUGUUCUGGAUGUGUAGAAUAAAAGUGAGCCGGAGAGAUUUCUGCAAACUACUGAUGCUAACAUGUGCCAGCUAGAUGGUGGUGAAUUACCUUUCCUAUGGUGCUCAGCCAGCCAGGCAGGUAUCAGGAAUGUCCGACAGGUUAGUAUAGGUUGAUGUAACUGGACUGGAUGUUUUGCAUAUUUUCACCCAGCAUUUAAACAUGUUCCCUUAAUGUCUGACUACCUGAGACUUUUCCCUUCUUUAUAUGUAAUUUGAUAAACAGUCUGAUUGAUUUGAUACAGAAGCAAAGCUCAAACAUUAACAUUGUUUUUCUUAAAUUAUAACAAGUAAACAUUUUUUAUAUAUAUAUGUAUAUUAUUUUUACCAAAAUUUUAUUUAAUUCCCAAAAAAUAAUUACUUGUUUUUUCUGCACUGAACAGAAUGGCCUUAGGGUUGAUGGUUUCUGUUUUUUUUUUCCACUACGGCAAUAUUGUCUCUAUUUAUUAUUAGUUUAACUUGCCUUUUUAAAUCAAGUUCUUCAUUUGAAUCAUUUUAGUGUGACUGUGUUGCUGAACCUUUUGGUGCAUAGAAACAUAGCAUUUAUAUAAAAGUCAAUUUGCCUAUUGCUUUGUAAAUUCACAAGCUUGAUUCCGAAUUUUGUUACAAGAUCAAGACACUAUUGUUAUAUAGUAUUUCCUUCUGCUUUGUAUGAAUACAUUUUCUGCUGGAAAUUUUAUUUAAUAUUACUUUUUUACUGGAGUGUUCCCUUAAGGUAUUUUUUUUUUCUUUUUAAUGAUCUGCAAUUCUUGCAGUAAAAUAGUGUUUCUACCUCCAAGACUGGCCAUGAAUUUCCCUCCCUCUCUCCCUUCCUUCCUCCCUCCAUCAAUCUUAUGGGUCCUGGUGUUCCGACCGAUUAUUACAAAGGUUUGCAUCUUCUUACACUAUGUGGAAUAACUUGAGAUAUUUAAAAGUGUAUAGCUCUUAAUUCCAUUCAUCGAUCUACAUACUUAACAUUUUGUAUCACUCUGAAAACUUCCAAACAUUGUUGUUGCUAUACUUUAGCAGUGGUAGCUGGUGAACAAUAAAGAUUGUGGGGCUUUGGGUUAUAAAUUGACAAUGACCCAUGACUUUUUUGGGCUCUGCCAACUUAACCUCUUAAAUUCAUCCCCUGACUAAAUGCGACAUCACGCACUGUUGAACAACUUAAACCUAUAGAUACCUUUGGUAACCAAUGAUAACACUAACAUGCAGGCCUAUAUUUUAUUUAGAGAAUCUAGGAUCUGACAGCCCAAUGCAAAAUCAAUAUGUGACAUCAGAAAUUUUUCUAGCGCAGACUUAUCAUAUGUGAGUAUCUAAAUCAAGAAAAUGGGGCAUUUUUUAAAAUAAUGCCUCUAAAUUCUGACAUGAUUAGCCUCCCAGCAGCGUCUCCAGUCAGCAACACAGGGUGGAGGGGAAUCUGCAUAACUACUGAUAAUCACAGAAGACACAGCAUGUUGUGUUUUUUUUUUUUUUUUUUUGUGGAUAAGGCUCCACUGUUCUCUUUAGCGCAGCUAUUCUGUGCAACUUCAUUCCUUUUAUUUAUAAAGCACUAACAUACUCUGCAGUAUUUUGACACUUGUAAACAAAUAUACAUUAUAAUCAUAACAUAAGAAGUUACAGUACACAAAAUGUGUGCAUAUAUGUGCUUAAAAUAUCCUGCACAAAGCCUUCCUGGUGCUUUAUAAAACCGUUUCUCAACUUGUGUUAUCUGUGCUCCUUGUUCUCAACCCGUGGUGCAUGUGCUCCAGGGGCUAUUUACACCAUGGGCAAUGGGUACAUAGAAGGGUUCCCAUAGACAGUAGGACAUCAAAAAGAACCCCCUGCCGGGCCUGUUGCCAUCUCAUAAACAAGGAGUGUGUUAUCUGCACUUCUGUUGUGUUUCAGAUUAAUGUCAGUGCCCUUGCUUUCUUGUGCUUCUGAAUGAAUCUGAGCACUGCUGUUGAAUUACAAUGGCAAUGUUCAGAUACAUUGACCAGAGGAAAUAUUUAAAGGGACACUAUAGUCACCAGAACAACUGCAGCUUAUUGAAUUUGUUCUGGUGAGUAGAAUGAUUACCUUCAGGCUUUUUGCAGUAAACACUGUAUUUUCAGAGAAACUGCAGUGUUUACAUUACAGCCUAGGGAUACCACUCCUCAGAUGGCUACUAGAGGUGCUUCCUGUGUCUCCACCUUCUGACAUUUAGUGUCUCCACCUUCUGCAUGCAGACACUGAACUUUCCUAAUAGAGAUGCAUUGAUUCAAUACAUCUCUAUGAGGAGAUGCGGAUUGGCCAGGGCAGUGUUUGGCUCUGCACAAGAGCCAGCACCGGCACCAACAAACUUGAAUAAAAGUAAGAUAUCACUAUAUUUAGGAGGGCAAGAGUGGACGGGGGGGGGGCUACAUUGUGUUUUCAACACUGUAGAGUCAGGAAGACACGUUUGUGUUUCUGACCCUCGGGUAUUCCUUUAAAGAGAUCUACAAGUACAGACCACAAUCUGAAACCACUGGUCCUACCCCUUGUGAUGAAUAGAUGCAGGCCUCCCAACCAUUCCGAUUUCGUCAGGACAGUCACGCUUUUUGGGUCCUGUCCCUCCAUCUUGACUUAGUUCCCUGGUGUUCGGGGAUCAGUCCACAAAAAGCAUAGUGCAAAUGUAUCAUUAGACUCGAGAGUGCUGUGUUCGGAGCACUAGAAUCCUGAAGAGAGCACUGAAACAGUGCUCUGUGUAUAGUCUGCCCUCAGUAGGCCAGCCUGCUUGAUUGGCAGGCAGCCUGGUGUGCAUUCAUGCCAGGCUGGCCUGUCUAUUCUAUUGGUGGAGCCACCCCCUUACUGGUUGUAUCUGCCCCAAUAGGCAAGGCAAAAGAUUGCCUAUUUGCUCCCCACCCUCUUUGCAGGACACCGGAUUUGAGAGAUAUAUAAAUGGCAUAUAGACCCUUUUCUGAAUAUGCCAUUUUUCUUUUUUUAAACAAACUGUACACUGAAAACACACAACCUUUCAAACACGCAUAAAGCACAGACACCCAAACAAACACACAGCCUACUCAGAAACACAAAACCUAAAUCCUCCUGAACACACACAUCUUCCCAAGCACACCUAAACAUGCAGUAUGCCAAUACGCAGCCUUAAACACAGACUGAUGACAUAGAGAAACACUAUUUACAAUGAAAAUGACAGAAGGAACAGAAAGACAGAGAAAUAGCAGGAAAGAGACAGAAAGUUGGAGACACGUGCAGAAUGGGUUACAUAGAAGGAGUCUUUAUAUAAAAAAACAAAAAACAACUUGAAAACCAGAAGGUUAAAGAUUGGCAGACAGAGAAACUAUAAAGGUGAAUAAUAUGAGAAGAGACUAUCAGUGUUAUUCACUAAAAGUGAGAAUUCAGAGUGAAUUUCAAAUUUUAGGCCAAAGUAGUUAAACUGGAAGUAUAAUUAAAUUAGAGAUUUUUUUUGGUUUGGCUAUUUUGAUUUAAAAUUCAAAACUCACAUUGAACUCUCACUUUAGAGAAUAACUAUGUAAAGGGUGGUUGGAAUUUUUACAGGAGAAUGUCUGUCUGUUUAUAGAAAUCUGUAAUAGUAGGGUUACUUGUUGACCAACAGGAUUAUAUUAGGGGGCACAGGUUUAAAAUGUUACUAUCUAGACAAAAAGUUUCAAAACACUGAGCUUUUAAAUAACUUUACACUUCUCUUUUUCUGCUACUAAUAACUCUCUCUAUACAGCAACUGUUCCAUUAGAUUUUCAGCGUGCUUUAUUACUCUUACUCUUACUUUGCUGUUUGAAAACAGCAUUAAAAAGUUUGUUUAAUGAAAGGAUUACGCUGAAGACUGCCCUCUUUGACCUUUUGAAAUGUUGGAAGAAAUUAAAAACAUGUCAUACUGUCAUUUUGUUUGUCACACUAAGGGGCCUGUUCUCUAAACAUUAUCUCAGUGUUUAAGUAAAAUAGUAAUCUAGCCUGGAAAAAGACUCAAGUCCAUCAAGUUUAACCUGCCCUCGCCCCGCACCCCCCCAUUUUUUUGAAGCAAUUUCCAAUUUGCAACAGAAGGUGGUGGGGUUCUUCUUGACUCCAUAAUGGCAAUUAGAUUUCUCCUUAAAUCAGCAACCUGUUCAUAUACAUAUUGAUUGUAUCCUUGAAUAUUCUGUUUUUCCAAAAAGAAAUAAGAAUGUACAAGCUAAUCUUCUUUUGGAAGAGAAUUCCACAUUUUUAUUGUUCUUAGCUUUAAGGAACCUUUCCUUUGCUGUAAGUGAAAACCUCUUUCUCCCAUCUCCGUGGAUGUCCUCUUGUCUGUUAUAUAUUCCUGUUAAUGAACAGGUAAGCACAUAGCACUAUACCAAUGUUUACGGUGUAGUACAAACUGUUAUCAUAUCCCCUGAGAUGCCUUUUUCCUCAAGAAAACAAAUGCAUUUUUUCUAGCCUUUCAUAACUAAUGUUUUCCAUCCCCCUUUUGAAUUUUGUAGUCGCUUAUGCAAUUUUCUAUAUUUUGUAUUUUACCUGCAUUUUGAGAUAGUCAGGGUUAUUUACUAAAGCAAGACAUUUACAGUAAAUUUGAAAUUUAAGGUCAUAUCAGCCAAACUGUAAAAAAUCUAGAAAAAAGUAAGCCAUACUUCCAGUUUACCUACUUUGACCUCAAAUUUCAAAUUAAUUUUGAAUUCUUGUGUGAAUAAAUCUGUAAAUGUUACCAUCUGCUUUUGUUAAAAUCAUUUUAUUUGUACCAAUAAUUAAUAAUAAAAAAAACCUUUAUAUGUAAUGUUAUCAGUGGCUCUAAAAUAAUAAAAACAUUUGUAAUGCUUACUAAAGAUGUUUUCAUGAUGAAUUUUUUUUUUUUAAUAUUUAGUUAAGUUUCAUGAGAUCCCAUAUCCACGAACAAAGGCAAACACAUAAUUCAGAGAGUUUUGAUAACUGACCUGUCAUAAAAAGAUAGUUACACCCUUCUUGAUAUUUUUAUGAAUGUAUGAACGUCAUUUCUAUUUGUGUUUGUGCUUGUUGCUACCUGAUUACUUAUCCCCUUAAAGACACAGCUUCAGAAGCUGGACCUACCCUUAAGGACACAAGCAAUUUUUGCAUUUUUUGCGGUUUGAAUUCAACCACAAAUUGUAUAUCUCUCAUUUAUUACAUUACAUAUUAUAUACCAUUUUUUAGAAGACAAAAGGGGCUUUAAUUUGAUGUCACAUAUACAUAUAUGAAUUCUCAUUAAUUGUAAAAAAAAUGCCGAAAAAAAUGGGAACAAAAAAAACAACAACUUUUUUUUCACAGUUUUGGCAAUAAUAACACAUGCAUAAUAUGUCCAGCUUAGAAAAAGUAAUUCAAAAUAAAUGUAUUUAUGUAUCUUGAUUUAUAGAGUACACAAUAUGUAUUGGAUUUCAGCUCAUUUUGAAAGUUACAGGUCACAAAAUACAAGGACUAAAAUAAAAUUUCAAUGUGAAACAAUUUUAGAAGUUGGUAUGUUUGUCUUGUAGGUUUAGUAGCCAUCACCGAAAACAAAAUUGCCUCACAAAAGUAUAUAUUUAUAUAAAGUAGACAUCACAGACUAUUUAGCGAGGUAACUUCACAAAAUAGUGCCUAGGUCAUACAUUUGGCAUAUUGUUUUAAUCAAAAGAUGUAACUGAGCAUAAUUUAGGGCAUUGUAUGAUAGUGGCACAUAUUAAGGGGAAGAAUUACCCAGCAAAAAUGCUACAUGUAUGUAAACAAAAUUUCAUUUUGUUUUCCCUCACCACAAACAUUGACGUAAAUUGGUGAAAAAAUGGUGGCACAAUAUACACCAUAUAAGAUAUCCUGUGAUAUACAGCAUAUAUCAUAAAAAUCCAGUCAUAUAAAAAACCAGUGGCUGAAUUGAAAAUGCACUGUAUGCUACCAGAUGAUUUGUUCAAUUCAGAACGGGGCAAUAUGGGCUUCAGAAAAUAAACCUGACAGCAUUUUAUAUAAAAUUACAGGUCAGUGAAGUAACCAUUUGGUAAAUUUCAAUUCCUGAAUUGGAAUAUAUCAAUAGGGGUUUCUGAUAUUCUACACUUACACCUUAAUUUUAUAAGCUUUCUAAAUGAUUUAAUACUGUUAGAAAUUCUUUCCAAAUUAUUUAUGUACGUAAAUUCCCGUUGAGUUUAACGGUUACUAAAAGUUUUCUCCAACAAUAUUGAAUCAUUUGGAAAGCUUAUUAAAGCAAUGCCUUAGGCCUUAAUUUAAUAUUUAGUAGAAGCCAAAGAAAAAAAAAAGUUACCUGCGCUCUCACCUUAAUCCCUAUGUAUAUUUAGACAAAUUGAGUUCAUUUAGUUACUCCAAUGGCCAUUGGAGGGAAUGCCCACCUGCCAACGUCAAGGCAGACCCCCCCCUAAGCAAGUAAGCAAGGUGAAGGGUCAGUGUAGGUCCCGCUUAGGGGGGUCUGCCUUGAUGUUGGCAGGCGGGCAUUCCCUCCAAUGACCAUUGGAGUAACUAAAUGACUUCCAUUUGUCUAAAUAUACAUAGGGAUUAAGGCGAGAGCGCAGGUAACUUUUUUUUUCUUUGGUUUUUACAAAUAUAAAUACGAUUUAGCUGUGAUUAGGUCGUUAGUAACUUUGAAACUCAGUAGAGUGGAGGGGCGGAAGCCAGAUUGAAGAGGGUGAAGGAGAGAGUUGGAAUUGAGGAAGUGAGACAUACAGGAUAAAAUAAGUCUUUCCAAAAGAUUUGAGGAAAAAUGGAGCAGGGAUAUGGGACGAUAGUUAUAGAAGGAGGAUGGGUUAAGAGAUGUUUUUUCAGGAUGGGUACAACAGUGGCAAGUUUAAGGUCAGCAGGGACAAUGCCAGUAGAGAGAGAGCAAUUGAAGAUGUAUGUUAAGGAAGGCACCAGACAAGGGGAGAAAGAUCUGAUAAGGUGAGAUGGGACCAAGGGUCAAGUCCUGGGGAAAAAAGUGUGGGAACUCAUUCAAGAUCCACCCCUCCUCCCCCCAAAAAAUGAUAUGCUAGUAUGCAUAAAUAUUUCUCAAGAAAAUACAGUGCAACAUUUAUUGUAAAGUGCCAGUUCACAAAGACAGCUCCAAAAUUCACAUGCAAUAAACAAAUAGAUAUAGAACUGUUGUAACAAAAUAAGUUAGCUUGUUUGUCAUACUAAUAAAAUAAUCACCACAAUGUGUGUGAUCUUCCUCUCGCAGGGAAUCUCUAAAACAAAUAGUGUAUUAAAAAAAAAAAAACACACAGCCCAUUAGAAAAUAUCCCACAAACAAAAAACGUUGCCCUUGCAAGAUUAUCAACUUUGAGAUUUAGUUUCAUCUGCGCUGCGUGGUCAGCCAUUUUGUGAUGAAGGAUCUUAUAAAUGCACAGGGGGGCCAAUGAGACUAAUAAACAAAAGAGAAGAGAGGUGUUUAAUGCCAAUCCCACUCCUAAUGGGUGACAUCAAAUUAAUUGUACUGAAACCCCUUUCACAAUCACUGGAUGUCACUGGAAGACUGUUAACUGCUGUCACCACUGGUUUCAGAUUUUCAGGAAUCUCUGCACCACCAAUAUCAAUGUAGUCUCUGAAACCUUCACAGAUGGAUGCAGAGCUGAGACUGAAUAUUUUACACAGCUGCUCUGGCUUCACUUCACCUUCAAACCAUGGACUAUCCACAUUGAUUGGCCAGCGUUAUGAAUUCAGGAUGUCAAUUUCAGAGACAAGAGUUUCAAAUUCACCUAACUGAUGAAGCUGCAGGUCCGUUGCUCGCAGUUAAAGAGUCUGGAGUGUAAAGUAUCCACCAAACAUUGAUAAAAAUGAGAGAGAUUUAUCCUCACUUGGCCUUUGGAACUCUCUGGAUUGAUGGCCACACCUUUGAAACUCCCUUUCUCCCGCGAUUCCAUGACUUCUUUCAGAUGUUUGCCAGGCAUGUCUUUCGUUUUUUCAACUGCACGAAUUGAACAAUUAAUCAGCUGAUAGGCUUGUGGAACUGUGAUGUCAUCUCUUUGUAGAGCUUUGAAUAACAGUCCCAUUUCCUGAACAGCAUACGCAACCCCUGCAAGAUUUAACAAAUAAUCUUCUGAUGUCAAGGCCACUAAAUAGAGAUUUCUGCUUACUUUUAUGAUCUGAGCUUAAGCUUGCUUUCAAGAAAUGACUGUAGUGCAUGAUAUAACUCACAAACUGCUCGUAUAGCUCUCUGGCUUGAAGCAACCCAUCUACCUGAAAAAACCUUUCCAAUUUUAAGAAUUUGAUUCUAAUUAUUUUGCACAUUCAGAGAGCUCUGCCAGAUUGUUUGGGUGACAUCUCAAAAAAAUGAUUUUACAUGAUGAAGACCAGGAAUACAAUCAAUUGUAUAUGAAAUGCACAAUCCUAUUUCACAAGCUGUGGAUAUAUUUUUGAUUGAGUCGUUCCAGAACACCUGACUUACUUUCACGCAUUACAUUUGCACCAUCACUGCAAGCCCCAAUCCAGUUUUUGGCAAGAAAGUCAUUACUGAACCCAAAUUUAGAAAGACAAGCUAGACGAGUGGCUUCAAUAGAUUGCAUCUGCUUUAGGCCAAUCAAGCAAAUCGCGAAAGAAAGUGACUGGGUCUUUUCCGUUAACAGAAGCACGAAUAUAAACAAAUGUGUAGAAACUGCUGUAGACGCAUCAAUAUAAACAAUUUUUUUGAGCCUGCUGUCAUGAUCCUGUUCAGCAGGGUUUGUAGUAAACCAGGUUGGCAGAAUAAAACACAGUUGCAGCCAAUCCAGGUUGGUAUGGAGCAGGGAUGGUAGUAAACCAGGUUGGCAGGAUAAAGCAGUGUUGCAGGUAAUCCAGGUUGGUAUGAAGCAGGGUUGGUAGUAAACCAGGUUGGCAGGAUAAAACAGAGUUGCAGCCAAUCCAGGUUGGUAUGGAGCAGGGCUGGUAGUAAACCAGGCUGGCAGAAUAAAGCAGUGUUGUAGCCAAUCCAUGUUGGUAUGGAGCAGGGGUAGUAUGGAGCAGGGUUGGUAGUAAACCAGGUUAAUCACAGGUUGCUUGUCAGGAGCCAGGAUCUGCAGUCUUUUCAGUAUGAACAUUAAUUUCAAUUUAAAGGCCACUUGGUUUGUCAGGUGUGGCUUUUUAUAGCAUACUUGAUUCCUGCUAUGAAGGUGUGAGACUUAGGUGGCUAGUGGCUAGGUAGGCCACUAGAGGAGAGAAACAGGUACUGGAUUUAAAGAAACAGAAAUAAACGAACAUAAAACUUAGUUGUCAGAAUAAGAUCCUUUGCUUUGCAAAGCUUUUUCCUCAUUUCACUAGCAAUGCAAUCUAUUAUUUAUGCUGCUGUGUACUCACUAAAGAAUAAUCCUAAAUCAGCUCCAUUUGUAACUUGCAAGCUGAUAAGAUCUCGAAAGUCUGUGAAAGGGCGAUUUUUUGUGUGUGCAAAAGUAGGCAGUGCGAAAGACUACAAUGGUGGAUGCAAACUUAUGCUUCUGCUGUUAUGCAAUAUUGGAUUGCAGUAUCUCCUUUUUAGAUACUGCAUGGAUAUCUCCUGCAUUAUUUACAUGUUCUUCUGAAAUCUUAUGUAUGUGGAUUUUUUUUAUGCAGUGAGGUCAACAUAUCUUUUUUUUGUUUUGCCGGAUGGAGUAAUUGUACCAGUGCUCCAUUGUUUGGAAAUGGAUACACCCUAUGAAAAAUACACUCCAAGUGUAACCGAGUAAACUUGCAGAAGCCAGACACAGAGAGAUGGAUGCAGGUUUUCAGGAAGUAAAAGGUCUUUAUUAAUAUACCGAUCGGGUCUCAGAUGAACUAAUGUUCCAAAACAGGUCUGAGGGCCGAACAUAUGGAGUACAUGCUUUUUAUAGAACUAUAACUCCUCCCAUUAAUAGCUCCACCUGCACAUACCCUUAACCAAUCGGUGGACAGGAUCUGGAUUUCCCUAUAUGGGCAGACCACAUGUCUCAUCCGAAACAAAGGAGAAAGGAAUGUGAUUUCAGUUCCUGCAUUCCUGCACAUGUUCAAUACAUUGAUGACAGUAUCUUAGCUACGUGUAAAUAACUAACUGAUACGACAUACACGUGUACUUACAUAUGCCACGUGGAAAUCUCAGCCUACUAAAUUUACAUUUCACCGAAAUUCCAUCACACAAGGUGUUUAACCUCAUGACACACUUUGCACCCUAAAAUACCAUUUUCUACAAACAGCCAAGGGUACUUUUUUUAAAUUCUAGCCACUGAUUCUGGUCCCAACAUUCUGGAAGAAUAAUGGUAUCGCUGACAUCGGCAGCGGUAUCCUCAGCCACAUCAGUAACCAAGUCACCUACUGCCGAUUCACUGACUGGUGUAGUUUCUGCAGUGGACACCAGGUCAACCCGCUGAAGCAAAGACUCAGACUGAGUUGAGCAACUUGCAGAAUCAGCAUGUUAUUUCUUACUGGAUGCCUUUGUGAAGAAAUCUGUAAUGCUGCUCUUUCAUUUGCUAAUUUCUGUACAAAUAAAAACAAUUUUAAAAAUGGUGUGAAAUAAGUUUCUGAUUAAAUUACCUCUUUAGGCAAAGAAUUCUACAUCCGUUCUGUUAUUACUUUUUACUGUGAAAAACUCUUUCCUCUGUUGUCUCUAGUAGGGGUCCAGGGUCCAGUGACUGUGAGGUGCAGGGUGAAGCAAGUUUUACUUACCUUAAGCUCUCCCUUGCGGCCACCACCAUCUUCCUCUCACUGGUCCUCUUCAGCUCCUGGUGGCUUCAGUUGCUAGGAGCCCUGUCAGUGCGGUACUCUCCAUAAGAGUACAACACUGAGGUCCAUAGGGCAUUCCGCGGGAGCCUCCAUAGACAAUGCCUGAAUUCCAGCAGCCGUCACUUGUGAAAAAUUUGAUGGCGGAGUUACUCAGGCUUGUCCAUAAGCCUCUACUUUGUCUUAUGGUAUCUUUGAAUUUCCAACACAGUCUGAAUCAGUAUUUCAAAAAGAAUAUAUCUUUAAGAAAUACUGAAAAGUGACAGAUCCACUUUAACCCCAAAACACAGAGAGAUUAAACUUGUAAGUGCAAUAUAAAUAAAAUUAUUAAAUAAAACAGCAGUAAAUGAACAGCUAGGCAAACAAUAAUUGUCAAAUGAAUAUACUAACACAUUGUGGUGCAGUUAUACAUUUCUGUCAAAUAAAGUGUCAGGGUGCCAUGCAAUGCAUUGUAGGCCAUUUCUUUAAGUGUGGCAGGAUAAGGGGCUGAAGGGGCUAAUGGAGCAAAAGCUGGGAGAAACUGGGGCAAUCUUCCUGUCUUUGCAUACUGAAGGUGUAUUUGUAUGAUGGCACAGUGUGCGUUUGUAUGUGAACGCAUAAGUGUUUUUGAGUCAGUGUGUGUGAAAAUAUGUUGGGGGUAAGUGUACAGGGUCAUCAUAAGUGUGUGGCAGUUCAAUGUGCUUGAAUGGCAUGGCACUGUCUGUGUGAACGAAGUGAUAAAUUUGAACCCCUCAUUGUCUGUAGUCUAGCCCAUUCCCAACUCCAAUAGCUAGUAUGCCAUCCCAAGCUGGCUCCUCUCACCUUAAUUACGGUUGCAGGCUAAUGUGGCUGGCUUUCAGUUGUGGCUGGCAGGCCAAUGUGGUUGGCUUCCAGGCCGAUGUGGCUUGCUAUAAACAUAUAUAUACAUACACGUUAGAAAUGGAGACUAAUGGGCCCUUGAGGGGUGUCUCUCCAGCAGAGAAAGUCUCAGAGUCCAUUAGAGAGUAUGUGUUAGAAAGAGUCCCCACCAGCCCCUCAGAGACCUUAGAGACUAUAUACAUACAUACACAUAUACAUACAUAUACAUACAGGGCCGCCAUCAGGGGGUGACAACCAUAACAAGCAUUUAGGGCCACCCGAUGUGCCCUAUAUCUUCAGGGGCCCGGUCAGUGCUGCGGGCAAGUAAUUGCGCGACCGGGCCCCUUUAAAAAAAAAAAAUUGCGGCUACACUUCCUCCCAGCUUACUGCUCGCGGGAGGAGAGCAGAGGGAGAGCAGUGGACAGGAAAAAGGAGAGGAGAGGCAUCCGCUCGCUCCCAUCAUCCCCAGCCACCUUCCUGCAACUUAAAGGUAAGAGGAGGAUGUCUGAUAAAUGAGAUGUGUGUGUGUGUGUGUAUAUGUAUGUAUGUCUGUGUGUGUAUGUAUGUCUGUGUAUGUGUCUGCAAGUAUGUAUGUCUGUUUGUGUAUGCAUGUCUGUGUGUAUGUCAGUAUGUAUGUCUGUGUGUAUGUCAGUAAGUAUGUCUGUGUGUAUGUCAGUAUGUAUGUCUGUGUGUGUAUGUCUGUGUGUGUCAGUAUGCAUGUAUGUAUGUCAGUAUGCAUGUAUGUCAGUGUGUGUGUCAGUAUGUCUGUAUGUAUGUAUGUCAGUAUUUAUAUAUGUCUGUGUGUGUAUGUCAGUAUGUAUGUCUGUGUAUGUGUGUAUGUAUGUCAGUGUGUGUAUGUCAGUAUGUAUAUAUGUCUGUAUGUCUGUGUAUGUGUCUGCAAGUAUGUAUGUCUGUGUGUGUAUGUAUGUCUGUGUGUAUGUCAGUAUGUAUGUCUGUGUGUAUGUCAGUAUGUCUGUGUGUGUGUAUGUCAGUAUGCAUGUAUGUCAGUGUGUGUAUGUCAAUAUGUCUGUAUGCAUGUGUGUAUGUGUGUCAGUAUGUAUAUAUGUCUGUAUGUGUGUCUUUGGCAGUAUGUAUGUAUGUGUAUAUGUCUGCAAGUAUGUAUGUAUGUCUGUGUGUGUGUAUGUCAGUAUGUAUGUCUGUGUGUGUGUGUGUCAGUAUGUAUGUAUGUAUGUCAGUAUGCAUGUCUGUGUGUGUAUGUCAGUAUGUAUGUGUCUAUCUGUAUGUGUGUGUUUGUCAGUAUGUAUAUAUGUCUGUCUGUAUGUCUGUGUGUGUGUGUGUGUGUGUGUGUGUGUGUGUGUGUAUGUAUGUAUGUAUAUAUCUGUCAGUAUGCAUGGCUGUCUGUGUGUGUGUGUGUGUAUGUCAGUAUGUCUGUAUGUAUAUAUCUGUGUGUGUAGGUCUGUAUGUAUGUAUAUCAGUAUUUAUGUGUAUGUAUGCCAUUAUGUAUUUAUGUGUAUGUCUGUUUGUAUGUCUGUAUGUCAGUUUGUAUGUAUGUCUGUGUCAGUAUGUGAGUAUGUAUGUACGUCAGUGUGUGUGUCUGUGUAUGUGUCUAUAUGUGUGCAUGUCUGUUUCAGUAUUUGUGUCUGUUAGUAUGUGUGUAUCUUUCUGUGUCCUUUUGUGUCUGUGUGUGUGUGUAUUCCUGUGGGCGGGGUUUGGAGGCCGGGCUUGGAAGUGGGCACACGGGGGCCCAGACCUUGACCUGUGUUAGGGGCCCCACAAUUUCUGAUGGCAGCCCUGUAUACAUUAUAUAUAUGAUACCAAGUCCAAGUUGGCUCCUUUCACCUAAAUUACGGUUGCAGGCUGCUGUCGUGGCUGACUUUCUGCUGUGGCUGGCUAGCAGCUGUGGGUGGCUGGCAGGCCGAUGUGGCUGGCUGGCUUUCUGCUGCGGGUGGCUGGCAGCUGUGUCUGACUGACUUUCCGCUGUGGAUGGCUGGCUUUCUGCUGUGGCUGGCAGCUGUGAAUGGCUGGCAUGUCGCUAUGACUGGCAAGCUUUCAUCUGUUACCGGCAGUCUGCUGUGGCUGGCUGACUGGUUGCCGUGGGUGGCUUUCAGUUGUGGCCAGCUGGCAGCUGUGGAUGGCUAACAGGCUGCUGUGGCUAGCUGGUUGGCUUUCAGCUGUUGCUGGCAGACUACUGUGGCUGGGUGGAAAGCUGGCUAGCUGGUAGGUAGGCUGGCUAGCUGGCAAGCUGGAUGGGUAGGCUGGCUAGUUGGCUUGACAGGCUGGCUAGGUGGCUUGGCAGGCUGGCUAGGCUGGCUUGGCAGGCUGGAAGACUGGCCAGCUUGCAGGCUGGCUUGGCAGGCUGGAUAGCUGGUAUAUUGGCUAGUUAACCUGACAGGCUGGCUGGUAGACUGGCAGCCUGGGACAGGCAGCAGAUUGGCUGGUUAACUAGCUAUGUCACUAGUUUUCUUGGCAGGAUAAGGCUACUAGGAUAGAUGUCUAGGCAGGGUAGUUGAGACGCAGCCAGGCUGGCUGGAAGGGAAGACUGCCAGGCUGUCUGCUGUAACGGUCCGAAUGUGCAGGUUUAAUUUUCAGUUAAAUUUACUUUAAGGCAAACAGAGGCAACAGAUCCUUCCGCACAUAGUUUGCCUUGAAGUAAAUCUGCGAACGUCUUCAGGCUCCUCCUCCCUUUCUACUACGAGGCUCCUGAAUGGCUGAAUCAGCAUUGACACUGCAGAGCCUGAGGUGAGGACGGCACGGUCAUCUCACGUUGGACUCGGGCGCAAUCAAACGGCAGGUCCUGCAGGCAGCAGGACUACUAACAGGAACAGCGGUCCUGCUGUGGAAAAAGUGCAGGAAUGUUCCCAUGCAUUUCUGCAGGACUCGAGCCCUGGAUGGGACAGGAUCAAGCGAACAAGUAGUGGGCUGAGAGGAAAGGUGGAGUGCAGCCACCUCUUGUUCAGUAGCUGGGGAGAAAGUCUGAAGGGUAGGAAAAGCAUGAUCUGAAGGGUAGGAAAGGCAUGGUGGUUGAAAAAGAGAGAGACAAUGUGGAGAGAAUUCUUUCCUUAGCUGUUCAAUUUUGUCGGUAAAGUGGCAUGCAAAGCUAUCGGCUGUAAGGUUAGUCUGGAGGGUGGCCACAGCAGAACGAAAAAAAGAGUGUUACAGGUAUCAAAGAGACGCCUGGAAUUGCGGGAGCAUGAACUAAUGAGAGAGGAAAAAGUAGACAACCCAAGGCGAGGUCAAGGAAUGCUUGUAUGAACACAAUAUGAAUUUAUAAAAGAGAAAGUCUGACUGGGUGCGAGACUUCCUUCAUCAGCGUUCAGCAUCUUUGCAGGUAGCAUGUUGAUUUUGUUUACCAUGGUUUGGGGCGUGUCCUUCUCAAGGUGCGUGUUUGGAGCGGGGCUGCGGUAUUUAAGGCAGAGGUGAGGGUAGUGUUCUAUGUGGAGAUGGCCAGUGAGGGACAGGGGAGGGUAGGGAUGGAUUGGAGUUGUGAAUCAAUAUCAGCUGACAACUGCUAGAGGUCAAUAGAAUUAAGGUUCCUCCUGAGUUGAGGGUGGUUAGGCUGAGGUGCUUGGAUUAGGGGAUUUUCGAGAGCAAAUGAUAAGAGGUGGUGUUUAGAGAGAGGAAAUGAAGUGUUGCAGAUAUUAGACACUGUAAAUGCAAAAGAGAAAAUGAGGUCCAGGGUAUUGCCAGCUACAGGGCUGGGUGAAUUAGCCCACUGCAAUAGCCCAAGGGAGGAAGUAAUGGAAAGUAGUUUAGAGGCUGCUGAGGUCAGGGGUGGAAUAUUGAAGUCCCCGAGAAUUAGAGAUGGAAUAUUAGAGGAAAGUAAGUAGGGUAACCAAGCUGCAAAGUGGUCAAGGAAGAGGAGAGGGGAACCAGGGGGGCAAUAAAUAACAGCAAAAUCAUACAUUUGUUAAUGUGUGGGAGUUUUAGCUGGAUUCUUAAUUUACCCACAUUUUAAAAAGUUUUUAUUAUGCAUUACUCAUACCAGGUUUGUACUACAUCCUCAUGUAUCAGAUAUUUUGUGCUAACAUUUUUUAAGUUGUUCCACGAUCUAGUUAAAGUCUUGUUAUCUGACAUUGUUUUAUACGUUUUUAAAAGGUGCCACCACUUUUUAAAGUGUUUAACAUUCAUGUCAUGGAGCUAAGUUGUUUUUUCGAUAGAGGCAAAUACAAGUGAUAUUUUUAACCCCUUAAGGAUGGAGAUAUUUUCCAAUUUCUAAACCAAAACAAAACCUAGAAUUUGUGGUAUGUGUUUGUUCCACAGUAAUUAAAGGGUUUCCAUCAAGUUUAACCUUGUAACCCAUUCUUUUAUGCUGCUAAUCCAAAAGAAAAAAAAAAUGUACCCUUUUAUCAUUUUAUUUAGCAAAUAUGCAUUUGUCAGAAGUGAAAAUAAAAUUUAUUGUAGAAAUCCGCACCUAUUUAUCCUGCGACUGGACACCUCUAUCUAGUCAAUCAUUGUUGUAAGCUUUGUGCUUUGGGCAGUCAACAUAGAGUAAACAUACCGAGGAGAAAAGGAACAAUACUUCUAUUUAUCUUCUUAAUUAGUAGUUGUUUGCCCCGCUUUGUCUUGUUUGAACUUAAUUAUGAUGUAAUUUAAGACUUUAAACAUAACAUUUAAAAGGAAAAGUAGCUUUUUUUUAAUGAAAUUAUAGGUGAUUCUAGAGAAGUGACAGAUACCAUUUAAAUAGUAAUAAAAAAAUAUUUUUACCCACCCAGAUUAGGAAGGCUGAAUGCAGUUUCAGAUUGUCUCCUCCCUCACUUGGAAAAGGUUCCAUCAAUUGAGCAGUGGUUCCCAACCCAGUCCUCAAGUACCCCCCUAACAGCCCAGGAUUUAGGGCAGGCUUCCCCAAACUCCGGCCCUCCAGAUGUGGCUGAACUACAACUCCCAUGAUUCUCAGUCUACCUAUUUCAUUCAUAGAAUCAUGGGAGUUGUACUUCAGCCACAUCUGGAGGGCCAGAGUUUGGGGAAGCCUGAUUUAGCGAUUACCCUGUUGUGUCUAAGGUGUUUUUAGAAAGAAAAAAAAAAACUUUAGACACAACGAGGUAAUCCCUAAAUCGUGGACUGGUAGGGGGUACUUGAGGACUGGGUUGGGUACCCCUGAAUUGGGGUCUUCUCAUUCUGUUCUGAUCGCAAAUGCCAAAAUCCAGCAUCAAGAGUUUAUGGAAUCAAGGGUUUAUGGAAUAAGUGUUAUCUCCCAUUCAUAGUUCCAAUCAUCACGUAGGAUGAAUGGAACUACUUUAUGAUCUGUUAGCAGCAAUACUGCAGCAGCUAAUAGUUCAUAUACAGACUGGUUCACAGUUUGCAUGCCAUCAGCUCAUCUCUUUCUUUAGGGAGGAGAGCACAAAACUCUUCUUACUUGUCUACACUGCAUGUAUAAGCUAGACACAAUUUAUAUAGGCAGCCCUGGGCAGAGAAACCCAUCUGCUAGAACAGGGGUCAGCAAACUAUGGCACGUGUGCCAUGCAUGGCACUCGAGCCUCAAGGUGUUUUUCAACGGCACUCAAGGCUGCCAAACCUUAACUGGCUCUGGCCCAUCAAGAGUCCUUUAUGCAAACUGAGAGGUUAGGGGCAAUCCUCAAUCUACGCAUUUCAGAAUUUAUAGGAAGUAACCUCAGAUCACUUUAUCCCAGAAUUUGGGAAUGGCAAUCCACCCUGGAUUAGAGCAGCCUGCAGAAGCUAUUGCAGCUCCUGCUCUUGACCUUUAUCUGACCUUCCCACUGGACUCCAGGGAAGCCAACCACACUGCUAGAUAUACACAGAGCUUCAGAAUCAUCCUCCCCCUCAUACAAAUAAUACAAAUAUCCCACACACAAACACAUCUCCACAACCACAACACCACUGACAAUCCACUUACAUGCACACAACCCCACAAGCAACCUGUCACAUGCAGUACCCUAAGCAGCCCCACACAUAUACACACCAAAUGCACAUUUUGACAUAUUACACAAGCAACCCCCAGACACCGCCCACUUUCAUUGGGAUCAUAUACAAUACCACAAACUACUCAUGAACGUAUACUUUACAAUAUAGCAACUCACAUAUGCACAAGUACAACACUACAAAGCAACUGCAGCACCCGUAAAUAGCACAAGGAAAGUACAGCAACAUACACACCUCAAUUUUAAAACAGAUGAUCGGCACGCCAAGACUUCAAAAUCUUAUUUUGGCACAGUACUACUGAAAGGUUGCCUACCCCUGUGCUAGAAUAACAGCUCGGGGUUAAAGGGACUCUCCAGUGCCAGGAACACAAUCCGUUUUCCUGGCCUGCAGGUCCCCUCUCCCUCCCACCUCCCAAUCCCCGCUUGCUGAAGGGGUGAAAGAAAACCCCUUCAGUGACUUACCAGAGGCAGCGACAUGUCCCACGUCGCUGCUUCUUCCUCUGAACUGCAAUAAUUAGCAGGAUUAAGGGUAGUGGGAGUUGGCACCCAGACCACUUCUGCCCAUUGGAGUGGUCUGGGUGCAAACUCCAACUACCCUUAAUCCUGCAAGUGUAAUUAUUGCAGUUUUUUAUAAACUGCAAUAAUUACAUUGCAGGGUUAACUCAACCUGGAGUGUCCCUUUAAAGGGAUUUUACAAAUCCUUGCAGUUAUAAACAAAAGCACUCAACAAUUACCUUUGCAAUAACGUAAAGUUGUUAUAUUGCUUAGGGGGAGCCUUUUAAGGACUGUUAUCAGAGGAAGUAUCUAAAAAGGAACACUUCCUCUUAAAGGGACACUCUAGUCACCUGAACAACUUCAGUUUAAUGAGGUUGUUCAGGUGAGAACUAUAGCUCUCUGCAGCCUUUUUCAUGUAAACACUGUAUUUUCUGAGAAAAUACAGUGUUUACAUUGAAAGCUAGGAACACCUCCAGUUGCAGUCACUCAGAGUGUACCAGAGGGACUUCGGAGUUGAUGGAGGCAUAAUAUGCCUCCAUCCACUCAGAUAUGCUGUCAGCAGAGCACAGGGCAACACUGUGCACAGCAUCCUGUGAUUCAGUGUCUCCUCCCUCUGCAUGCAGACACUGAACUUUCCUCAUAGAGAUUAAUUGAUUCAAUUCAUCUCUAGGAGGAGAUGCUGAUUGGCCAGGGCUGUGUUUGAAUCAUGCUGGCUCUGCCCCUGAUCUGACUCUUUGUCAGUCUCAGCCAAUCCUAUGGGGAAGCACUGUGAUUGGAACAGGCUACCACAUGUCAGCAGACUGCUUGAUUUUCUGAGUCUAACAGCAUGCAGAUUUACAGCUUCUGGCUUGAAUACAGUAAGAUUUUUACUAUAUUUAUGGAGGCUUGAGGGGCCCAGGGGCGCUAGAUGUUGGUAUUAACACUAUAGGGUCAGGAAUACAUGUUUGUGUUCCUGACCCUAUAGUGAUCCUUUAACAAGAGCAUUUUUUGGUAAGAAGUGUCCUUGUUCUUGGUAUAUGCCUUUCACUACUUUAGUUUUCGAAUGUCACUUUUGCAAUAUUUCUGUACUGGUAAUAGUAUUACGAACAUUAAACAUACAAACAUGAAUUUCUAAUGCUAUAGCAUCCAGUGAAUAUUUAAGUUUGAAUGCUUGGGAAAGGUAUAUUUAAAGGAACACUAGAGUCACCUAAACAACUUUAGCUUAAUUAAACAGUUUUAGUGUGUAGAUACUGCUUCUUAAGUUUCACUGCUCCAUUCACUGCCAUUUAGGAGUUAAAUCACUUUGUUUCUGUUAAUGCAGCCCUUGUCACACUUCCCCUGACUCUGACUGACACAGUUUGCAUGAAAACAAAAACUGGUUUCACUUUGAAUCAGAUGUAAUUUACCUUAAACAAUUGUAUCUCUUUCUUUGUAAAUUGAACUUUAAUCACAUACAGCAGGGUCUAGCGAGCUAUUAACAUAGUAGGGGAUUAGAAAAUCUAAAUUAAACAGAAUUUGCAAUAAAGGGAGGAUAAACUUUAGAUGAGUCUUUACAGGAAGUGUUUAGAAAGGCUAUGCAAGUCACUUGCAGGGAGGUGUGACUAGGGUUCAUAACCAAAGUGAUUUAACUCCUAAAUGGCAGAGAAUUGAGCGGUGAGACUGCAGGGACAUGAUCUAUACACCAAAACUGCUUCAUUAAACUAAAGUGGUUUUGGUGACUAUAGUGUCCCUUUAAUUAUCUUUUCUCCCUUACCUUUGCUUUCUCCACCGCCCCACCCUAUUAUCUUGAUGAUCUCAGCAAAUCCAAUGCCUUCUCAUAGGGAGAUAUUUGGAGGUAGGUGCACAUUUGUAGAAAAUCGGCACUCUGCACCAAUCAAAUGCUGCUCUACAAGCAGCAAAAGCACCAUAGGUAACCAACAGCGACCAGAGGUGUGUUAACCCUGCAGCGGAAACAUUGCAGUUUCUAGAAUACUGCAGUGUUUUACAUUGCAGGGUUAAAACUACAGGACCAUUGCACCCAGACUACUUCAAUGAGAUAAAGCAGGCUUCCCCAAAUUCUGGCCCUCCAGAUGUUGCUGAACUACAACUCCCAUGAUUCUAUGAAUGAAAUAUGUAGGCUGAGAAUCAUGGGAGUUGUAGUUCAGCAACAUCUGGAGGGCCGGAGUUUGAUGAAGCCUGAGAUAAAGUGAUAUGGGUAACUUUUUAGGGGUAAUUAAAAAAUUUAGACAAUAAUAACACUGUACAACUUUGUUCAGCACUAAAUUAGUGAGUAUGUUUAUACUAUAUUCUGUGGCUAUCAUAACAAAAGCAACUAGCACACUUGAUUUGUAACCUCACACAAUAAACACACAAUCAGUACAAACAUUCCAAAAGUGAAGUGGAUCGCUGUCUACACAAAACCACAAACAGUGCUGCUUGGUCUUAUCUGUGUAUUUGCUGCAACAACCAAUCGACACAAAGUACCAUGAAAGUAAAACCAGAACACCACAGAAAGUAAUACAUAAGAUUACAAUAUGACGUUCUGUUUUUAAUUUUUUGGCACUUUGUUUAAUUAUUGGUUGAUAAAUAUAUGCAGAUGAGUGUCUGUUUGCAUUGAAAUAUCUAAACACUAUUGUUUUAUAUAGACAGCGCUCCACUGCACUUCUUGAUUUCACCAAGGGAGACUCUGCUCUAGAGAUAGAGAUUAUUUUAAAUUAUACAGCACAACAAGGGGUGGGGGCUUUGUAUAGCAUUAGGAAUACAGUUUUGGUGUGGUGUUCAGUAAAUAAACCCCAGAUUUAUUCAAAUCAGUUCAUUAUACAUUUAGAAAUUAUGUUCUUCAAAAUUCUUUGGCAAAAAAAAACAUGUUCUUUAAUACAAGUUACUUUUAGCAAAUGUUUGGAUUUUCAUUUUUUUUUAAAUAUAUAUUCUAUUUCCUUUUUCCCACAUCUUACAGAGAAAGAAACAAGAUCUUAAAGGAAGCUGAGAUUUUGCAUAAAGCCAGGUUUAGCUACAUUCUUCCAAUAUUAGGAAUUUGCAAUGAAAAUGGGAAACUGGGAAUAGUGACGGAAUAUAUGACCAGCGGAUCGUUGAACCAGCUGUUACAUGAGGUCUGUAUACUACUUUUUGUGUUGUAUUUUGUUUACGUUACUAUGACAUUUUUUUUCUAUAUAGAACAAUAGAUACAACUACACCUCGUAAGAUUAGUAUUAUUUUUUUUUAAUUCUGUCAUGUUUGGGGGGAAAUGUUUUGAUAUUUUUUAUUGUGUUUUUAAAAGGAUACCGCAGGCAAGAACUUGCAUGUAUUCAAAUGCUUAAAAGGAUACUCUAAGCAUUAUAAAUACUACCGCACAAAAGUUACGAGUUGGCUCUUUCAAGGGUCUGUGGUGCGUCUGGUCUGUACCCAUAUGCUAAAGCAGUAGCUCAUAGGUCUUCAAUAUGAUUAUAUAUUAUUGUAUAUGUUAUCUGCAACUUUGGGUAUUGUUUAUUAGCUGAGAGUGUCACCUGAUGCACGGCCACUACUAUAAAGAUUUCCAGUUUGUGUCCAGUCUGAGGUGUUGCGUUUGGCAGAAUAAGCAGGCAUGCUUCAUGCCACAGCAAAAUUAGGAAACCAAGGAUUGGAAUGUCUACAUAUUCAGGAACAGACAAGGUUUCAAAGGUAGAGGGGACUAAUAGGAACUUAGGGAUGGGUAGCACAGAGACAGUGCAUGCACCCAUUUUGCUCUGGUAGAAAUUUGGCAUACCACAGCUGUAUCAAGAAGGCAUGGAUAGCAUGGCCGAACUGGGGGGAAAAAAUCACAGCAGCCCAGUGGAAAGGUGUUGGGGCCUGAGGAGGGGGGUAAAUAUGUGUCAUCAUCUGGGCAGUGCAAACACAUUUAUUGACACGCUUGAGUUUAUUGGGGAUAAAGGAUACAGUGUGUGUGAGGGGUGCAGUGUGUGUGAGGGAGGUCCAGAAUUUGACUGUGUUGAAUGGUAUAGGCCUACAUAUUGUGUGGAAGGGUUAGGAAAAAUGUGCAUGUUAUUAAAUUGUUUGUAUAUUUUUUUUAAAGAAAACUUUAAAUACCUUGUGGUCAGGUAAGGGUGAGGCAGAAUUCAGUCCUCUCACACACUCCUCUGAGUGUUGCCAUGGCAACCUGUGGAAACGCUCCAAAUUGUCCAAAUUGUCCUACUCGCAAGAGGAACAUACAGUCUCCUGGUUUGGCAGGGAUGUUCAGAGGUUUGCCUGAAGGCCAGCCCGGGUCUGACAGAUAAGCAGAACAAUAUCUUCGUGAACAGGAGAGGUUUAAUCAUCCGAAGGGACAGAUAUAAUCCCAGAAACAGGUAGCACAAAGGUAGUGUAUACACCCAUUUUGGUUUCACACUCAGGUAAUGCUUUUGAAAUGACAGGUAGGAAUUCUGUAUACCAAAGGUGCAUCAGGAAUGCAAGGAUAGGUAAGACAAUACUGUCAUUAACAGGUAUGUUUGCAGUGUCAGAAAUCAUUGUCCUGGCCACUGGUUCAGAAACAAUAUAUUAGUAGAGGUGAUGGCUCAUGGGAGUCUGCCAUCUCAGCGUGUGACACCAUAUUGUUCACUGUCACAAUCUCAAGCAAAAGAGCAAAAUUAUGCACCUCAGCCUUAGUUACCUCAGUCAGUUAAUAUUUUUCCAGUUGCGCAAACAGAGCCUGGAAAUUUUAAAACCAUUCAUAAACCAUUUGACAGGUUAUCAUGGAAUGGCACCAGGGAACGUCUGAGAUUAUAACCGGCAAAGUGUGCUGUAGUGGUUAUGGUGUUUAGAGUACCUCUUUACCUUAUUUAACUUACAUUACUGUGCAAAAGUUUUAGGCACGUGUGAAAAAAUGCUGUAAAGUAAGUAUGCUUUCAAAGAUAUAAAUGAUAGUUUAUAUUAAACCCUUAAGGACGGCGGGCAUUCUAUGCUGUCCUUAAGGACCUGGCUCUAAACGCCAACGGGCAGCAUAGAACUUCUUUGCCAUUCUUGUCGCCCACGUGGCUGCAGCCAUUCGCCCUGUGCAGAUCGCGGUCAGGGGACAUGCCUGGUAACCCAGGCAGUCCCCCUGUGGCCAAUGAUGGUGAUCUGCAGCAUGUGAUCGCAGGGACAGCCAGUCACUGCGAUCACUGUUGCAAUGUGUCAGCCACUGAAUUUUAACAUUGGCUGACACAUUCCCUCAGCCACUCUCCUUCACCUCACUUUGAUAUGAAGGAGAGCAGCAGAGAGAUAACUGACCUUUACAGUUUGGAAACUGUAAAACUUGUUAAAAGUUUAAAUUUAAUCGAUCUUUUAACCCCCUCAGUGCUGAUCACAGUAUUAAUACUGUACUCAGCGUGAUUAGGGCUUAUAGUACUUUUGUACUUAUAUACAUUUUUUUGGGUGGGUCAAAAACAUUUAUUUUUAAUUUUUUUUGACUCUUUGUGUCAGCCGCAACAACCCAAAUCUCCCUUACCUGCUGCCAUAAUCACUGUACUGUACAGUAUAUCUGCUGUACAGUACUGUAUCAGUGAUCACUGUGAUCAGAGGGCACUCUGAUCAGGCUGAUAUUUUUUUUAGGGUUAUUUUUAUAAAAAUAUAACCCUUUCAGUACUGAUCGCAGAUGCCGAAACUGUUAUCAGUACUUUUAUUUUUCGUGGGUUUUUGAGGGUGGGUGUUACUCAGGUGGGAAAUAGUAAUUACCCCCUUAGUUUUUAUUAGAUAAUUGAUUUGUCCCCCUAGAAUGGCACGUCGCUACUCAACUGAGGAGGUGUAUGCCAUUCUGGCAGGCAGUGAUAGUGACACUCGGUAAGACAGUGACACUAUCAAAGCCUCUGACAUUGAGCCUCUGAGUGAGACCUCAAGUGACGGUGCCCCACCACCUCCUACAAGAGGACACUCAGAAUGCCCAAUGCCAGAUGGAGAUUGGGUGCCCCCAAACAUGAUGGCCCCAGAAAUCCCGCCGUUCACCGUUAUACCUGGCAUCACUGUAACAGUGUACGACUGCGAGCCAAUUUGUUUUUUUUAGCUCUUUAUGUCGGACGACAUAUUUGAGCUCAUGGCUCAGCAAACAAAUUGUUUGCCAUGCAGUAUCUCUCUGCACAUCCAGGGUCACAUUAUAGUCGCAGGAAUAUGUGGCGACCCACGGAUGUUGCAGAGAUGAAGCGGUUUGGGGCUUUAACCCUAGUGAUGGAUAUAGUUAAAAAGCCCAGUAUCAGGUCCUAGUGGAGCACGCACUGCAUCCUGGCUACCUUUCUUUUCCCUGAGGUUAUGCAGAGGGAUCGCUACCUGCAACUGCUGCGAUUCCUUCAUUUUAAUUAAAAGCACUGUGUCCUGGUAGAAACGACCCACUGUUUGACAGGCUCUAUAAAAUUCCACCCUUUAUCCAACUCCUGUCAGACAAAUUUUCUGAAAAAAAUUUUCAAUUGUCAAAUCCCUAAUGAAAUUCAAAGGUUGACUGCUCCUUAAACAAUAUAUAUCUUUUAAGCGGUCCCGAUAUGGCGUUAAAUUUUAUAAAUUAUGCGAAUCCUGCACUGGUUACACAUGCGUUUUGCAUUUACCAGGGUAAGGUGGGCACAAGUGGCAAGAUUAUUUGGGAUCUAAUCCUUCCUUUGUUAAAUAAGGGAUACAGGCUAUGGGUUGACAACUACUAUACCAGUAUAGAAUUAUUUAAAAAUGUAUAUUGCUUUGAAACCCUAGCCUUUGGCACAGUGUUGAAGAAUCGCAGGGGUUUCCCCCAAACCCUGACAAGAGGCAGAAGCAGUAGAGGUUCCUCUUCAGCUCUCUGCGCCGAAGUGCAUUGUAGACUACAGCAAGUUUAUGGGGUGGAGUAGACUUGGCUGACCAAGGCAUAAAGCCCUAUCUGGUGAACCAAAAAACUAGUACCUGGUACAAGAAAAUUGCAAUCUACGUGAGCCCUAUUGCAAUUUUCAAUGCCUAUGUCCUCUAUACAAAAGAGUUCAUAGAUAAGCCCUGCCCUUUCCUUGAAUUCAUGCUAAGCCUUUAAACCCAUAUGUUAUUUACCCAGCCCCCCAAUACCAUUUUGGAAUCAGGAGAUCGCCAAAGACUUUGUGGCAAACACUUCCCUUUCUGAAUCCCCUCCGGCCCGCGUAAAAAAGCUCCCCAAAGAAAGUGCUGUGUUUGCUACAAGAAAGGAGUCCGAAAGGACUCCAGUUAUUAUUGCCCAACCUGCCCAACCUAUCGCCCUCUGAAUAACAGACUGUUUCAAAGUCUACCAUACAGAGCUGAACUUCUGAAUAACUCUUUAUGGGACUUUGGCAGUUUGUUUGCUUGAUUUCCCUGGAUCUCUGACAUUGGCUUGUCCUGACCACGCUUUGUAAGCUGCCUGUACCGACCUAUUGGCUUGUUUUACCAACUACUCUGACUUCUGGAUUCCCCUGACCUUGGCCUGUCCCUGUUUACGCUAGCCAUUCUAAAGUGGCUACACCAAACAACUCAAAAUACUACAUUUGUAGUACUUGAAAUAUAACUUCCCAAAAAAACUCUAAUCACAGUGUUAAUGCUGUGAUUAGCACUGAAAGGGUUAAUAAAAUAAUCUUUCCCUUUUUUUUUUAACUUUUCACACAGUAACUCUGUGUGAGAUCACAGACCUCUCUGCCCUCAGAUUAUAGUGUAUGUGGGGUUACUGUUCUAUUUCUGUGAUAUAAUAAAAACCUGAAAUAAUGGUACGUGGGGGUACUGUUAUGUUCAUGAAACAAUGUGUAAUCAAAAUACAGAGGCUCUAUUGCACAAACUCAUAUCAGAAAUAUGAAAGGUCCAGUUAAAAUUGAGUUCAUGUGUGUGAAAAAACACAAAUAAUACUACAACCACAAUAUGGGCCCUGCAUUUCUGAUAAAGUGGUUAGUCCAAACAUCUCAAAGCAUGCCAUUUGAAAUAUUUUGGGUUGCCUACUUUUGAAAAUUGUAUGCCAUAACAGUGGAGAUGUUAUUACCCAUGCUGCUAUACUCUCUCAAAAGCAACAUGGGCCCAAAUGGGUAAAACUUACAAGCUGAAAAGGGCAUCUAAUAUAUUUCGCCCUGUGACUUAUCAUAAAAAAUCUGAAAUAAUGGUACGUGGGGGUACUGUUAUAUCCAUGAAACAAUGUGUAAUCAAAGUACCGAGGCUCUAUUGCACUAAGUAAUAUAAGGAUUAUGAAAUUUCCUGUGAAAAUGCAAUUCAUGUGUGUAAAAAUACAAAAAUAAAAGUAUAAAUCGCUACAUGAGCCCUGCAUUUCUGUUAAAAUGGCUAGACCAAACUUCUCAAAUUAUGCCAUUUGGAAAACUCUGGGUUGCCUACUUUUGAAAAUGCUAUGCCAUAAUGGCGGAAAUGGUAUUACCCAAGCUACCAUACUCUGUCAAAGGCAAGAUAGGCCCAGAAAAUCACUUUGCCAAAUUUCCAACUUUGAAAUGGAUAUCUAAUAUUUUUGUCCCUGUGACUUUCACUAAAAAACAGAAAAUCUAGUACAUCGUGGUACUGUUAUAUUCAGGAGACAAUGUUAAACAAAAAUAGUGAAGCUUUGUGAGAAUUGUGAGUUCAUGUGUGUGAAAAAGCACAAAUAAAACUAUAACUGCUAUGUGGGCCCUUCAUUUCUGAUAAAGUGGUUAGACCAAACAUCUUAAAGCGGCACUGUCAUGCCGAACUUACCUCUCCUUAAUCUCUUCCUCUUCUCCCCCUCUCUCAGGAUCUGCUCUUUUUUUCUUCUCCUUCUUCUUUAGUUUUCUUUAAAAUCAUAAGACAAAGUAGGGACUCUUUGACUUAUGGAGGUUUCCUCCGCUUGACCAGCUUUGACCAGCGGAGGGGCAAAGUGUGCUUCAUUUCCGCUGCUCAGAGCAAUUUUCCCAUAAUUCUUACCUUUCCUCUGUGAUUUCGCGAUGCUUCCUGUCAUUUUACACGAAACUGACGAAUUGCAUUCUAACUCAAAGAGAACAGUAUGUUCAUUUCUUUUAGAACUCAAUUCGGCACUUUAUUCGUAUCGGAAUUUCAUUCGAAUGAAUGAAACUCUGAUUCAAUUUGUGUCACGGCUGCAUCUUGCAGCCGCUUAGUAGAUAACUCCCUAAUUCCCAUGGUAUUAGGGAGCUAUCUACCAAAAGGCUAAAAGACCUAAAUUGGUCUUUCAGCCACAUUUACUAAAUAUUAUUUAGUAUUAGUAAAUUAUGCCCCUACUCGCUAUACCGCGAGUAGGGGCAUGUCUAGUAAACAGUGAGCAGCCUGUGGCUGCUCACUGUUUAAAAAAAAACAAAAAAACCUAUUGCCCCCACCCCUGUGCGACAGGUGGGGGCCAUAAAGAUAAUGAGGGGGGAACUACUGUCCUCCCCCGGCCCCCUCCCCUGCGCGGUGGGUGGGGGCCAUAAAUUACAUUGGGGGGACCUACUGUCCUCCCCUCCUGGCCCCCACCCUUGAGCAGUGGGUGGAGGCCAUAAAGAUAAAGAAAAAAAUGAGCGCAAAAAAAAUAAUCCUUUUUCACCCAUGGAGGGCUCCGCGCAGACUGAGCUCUGCAGGGCGGGGGAAGGCUUAUAAAGCCUUGCCCUGCCCUGCAAUUAGGCUAAGAACACUCUGAUUCCAAAGAACUUUCCCACGCUGUGUAAAAUGACACAGAGCACUCUGAUAGGCUGCUCACUGUUUAGUGGACAUGCCCCUACUCUAGGUAUAGCGAGUAGGGGCAUUGGGGAGAUUUUAAUCUCCCUUAUGCUAUUAUGGGGUCAUAUUGAUCCCCAUAGAGUGAGGGAGGACAUGGGGGGACUUAGGAAGUGGCGGGGAGCACGGCUCGCUGACGCUUCUAUCUUUACAUAUUACAAGGAGGGAGCUGCGUGCCGGUACAUUGAUACACAGUGUUUGUUUGUUCGUCUGAUUUUUCUAUUCAUUCGGUUUUCUGGGCAUAUGCAGGAUUCUCACAGUGCUACCUAGUGUGGGCAGAUGACGUGUCCCACAGGGACUUCCUCUACCCACACAAAGAUGGCGGCGCCAUGUAUUUAGAUCGGGGCAGAAAAUAAAGAAUAAAAAAAAUAGGUAAUCUGGGGGGCAUAGGGGCAUUUGGGGGUGAUUAGGGGGUCAGUUAGAUGUAGUGGAGGCGGGAGGGGGGUUAAAAAAAAGCGGGAUUUGGCCAUGAUAAUGCCGCUUUAAAAUGUUCCAUUUGGAAUACUCUGGGUUGCCUAAUUUUGAAAAUGGGGUGCCAAAAUGGUGGAAAUGUUAUUACCCAGGCUGUCAUACUCUCUCAAAGGCGAGAUAAGCCCAGAAAAUCACUUAAUCAAAUUUCAAAGUGUAAAAACAUAAACAGUAAAAGUACAGUUUUAAUGUGAUAAAUGCAAAAAAAAAAAAAAAGUUUGGCUAGGGUUUGUGCCCAAGUGGCUAGUACAAAAGACUGGACAUACCCUAUUUUGAAUACUCUGGUAUGUCUUCUUUUUCUAAUGGUAUGCCAUGAUGGAAGUAAUUUUCACUUCUUGACUGCCAUACGGUUUCAAAGGCAGCCUAGACACAGCAAACUAAUCCGACAAAUUUCAAUGUACAAAAACAUAAAUGGACAAGCUGAGGUGUCUUGCAUGUGGUCUGCAGCUCACUCCCGGCGGAGCUGCAGACUGAAGAGAGAGGACUCCCACUGGACCACUAGGGAAGGCAUUUAAACCCCCCUCUGCCCCCUGUCCAGCCAAUCAGCAGCAGACCCUCCCUCCCAGACCCUCCCACCUCUUGGACAGCAUCCAUUUUACAUUCAUUGUGAAGCUGCAUUCUUAGUGAGCUGUCCAGGAGGUGGGAGGGUCUGGGAGGGAGGGUCUGCUGCUGAUUGGCUGGAAUGUGUCUGCUGACUGUGAGGUACAGGGUCAAAGUUUACUCAAUGAUGAGUCCAUGGCGAACCGUUCGCGAACCGUUCGGCGAACCGCUCGGGACAUCACUACUUCCUAUAUUUAAUAAGAAAUAUUUUCAUUUGUAUAAAUGUCAGAUUAUAUUCUGCAGUAAUCUUGUAGUAGUGCAGAUAUAAUGAAUGAGUAAAAACGUUUGUUACAGUAAGAAUGCUGAUGUGUAAUAUUAGGAAACGACUUUUAUGAAAUUAUUUUUCUUGCUAAAUCGCAACUAAAAUGUCAGCAAAUCUUGUCAUCUGCUCAUGUUCAUGUUUUUCUUUAAUCUGAAACGAGUGUUGACAACUUCAGCUUUUCUUGGGUGGCAUGAAAGAAUCAAUAGCAGGGUAAAGCGCAAGAACAAAAAUAGGGCUUAUUCACUAAAUAUUGAAUUAUAGGGAAGUGAGAACCAAUUAGCAAAAUGUAGGAGAAAAGUAAUGGUUUGGAAAUAUUCUCCAAAUUAACUUUUGUCACAGCUUGGCUAUUUUAAUCUAAAAGAGUUAUACAGUAAAGUGAGAAUUACAAGUGAUUUUCAACCUUAAUGUAGUUGUUCUGGUGUUUAUAGCCUGUCCCUGCAGGCAUUAGAGAAAAGGCAGUGUUUACAUUGCUGGCUAGUUACACCUCUAGAGGCAGUCACUCAGACAGAAACUCAGAUGUAGCGCUGACGAUCAGCAUCUCCAGGAGCUGAAUAUUUACCAUAAAGAUGCAUCGAUUUAAUGCAUCUCUAUGAGGAGAUGCUGAUUGGUGCAAUACUGCAUUUUGCUGUGCAUGCGCAAUAGUCUCCCAAUGCUUUCCUACAGGAAAGCAUUGGAUUGGCUGAAAUUGUCUAAUUUGAUGAAAUCAGGGCUAGCAGCGACGAGACCGGUGUGGCACUGGGAAAAGGUAAGUAAAAUCAGUUUUUUAAAUUAAAGAGAGGAGGGCCGGAAACCCAAAUAGUCAUGUUACCAUUAUAGGGUACGGAAUAUAUGUCUGUGUUCCUGGCACUAUAGUUUUCCUUUAAGUUGGCCAAGCUGUAAACAUUCUCUAAGUCAACUAUGCUUUCAGUACGGCUACUCUGGCCUUAAAUUUAAAACUCUCUCUUUAGUACAUAAACCUGUUACUGUUACAAUCCAGUUUUCAAUUCACUAGUAUUUGGUGUAUCACGAAUAAACCACUAGUGUGGCCUAGUUGUCUUGCAUGGAGUGGUAAGGCCAGAAUGUUGGUUUGGCUAGGUAGGUUUGUUGCACACAAAUACAACUCAUUAGAAAUUUAAGUGUGUCUUAAAACCAUUCACUUAAAUUUACUCGGUGGUGUAAAUAGUUGUGCUACUGAAUUCAGAUUUAAAGAUCCGUGAGGUUUGCUAUCACAGCUCACAGAAUGGGUCUGGAGUGCAAGCUAAGGGAUCUCUUUCCCUAGUGUAGAUUCUAAGAAAUCAGAACACUAGGGGAAAUAGCAGGCAGGUUAUCUUCCCCUGAUAUGUUGUAUGCUUGCAUAUUGUUUUUAAUUCUUUGUACUCAAGACAAUAUAUAUCUAUUUUUGUAAAUUCUGUUUUCAUCUCUAUACUUUACUACUUAAUACAUAUAUACAAUGUAUGUUUAUCUUUUCUCUUCUCAUUUAGGAAAAUCCUUCAUUGGAAAUAGCAUGGCCAUUAAGGUUCCGUAUACUGUAUGAAAUUGCAUUGGGUGUAAAUUUUCUGCACAAUAUGAACCCUCCGCUGCUGCAUCAUGACCUAAAGACACAUAAUAUCCUAUUGGAUAAUGAUUUCCAUGUCAAGGUAUGUUUAUUAUCGAACAAAGUGUCCCAUGAUGUCGUUUUUAAACCAAAAUGAAGAUGGGCAUUUCAGAACAAGUGACAAUCAGUGGUUCAAGUUUAGAACAUAUAGUUAUUUCAGAAUAGGUGGCAGUAAUGUGUCUACAUUUAGAACUUAUGAGCAAUGUAGAAUAUGUGGCAGUUUUAGUUGUAUGUUUAGAGCCUAUGCGUCAUUUCAAAUAGGUGACCGUCAGAGUUGCAAAUUUAGAAUCUGUAGGCAUUUUAGAACAGGUGGCAGUCAGAGGUGCAACUUAGAACAUAUGUGUAUUUCAGAAGAGGUGAUUAUCACAGGUGCACAUUUAGAAUCUAUGGGCCUUGCAGGGCAGGUGUUAGCACAGUUGUACGUUUAGAACUUAUCUGCAGUUUAGAAUGGGCACUAGUCAGAGAUGGGAAUUUUAAAAACGUAUUGAUCAUUCAGAAUAGGUGACAUUGUUGCAAAUUUAGAACAUAAGGAAAUUUUAGAACAAGUGGCAAUCACAGAAAUAACUUAUUAGCAAAGUAGAAUAGGCAGCAGAAGAGGUGCGCGUUUUCAUUAAUAACAUAUAUUGACCUUAUUAGUCGUCUUUAUCAACAUAAUAAUAAAAGAAAAAAAAGUAAAAAAAAAAAAACAAUAUUCUGAUAGUAAGUAAAAUAUAUAACUAGUGAUACUGCAUUAUGCAGUGUGCUGAUAUAUAUCUAUGGAAACCCAGACACAGAGAUGCAGUCCCUAAUAUGACUAGCAUCUUCCCCAGUUUGCCCACUUCCUAUGCUCAUCACAUGAUGUUGCUUCCCUGUCUGCCACUUCUCAUGCUGCAACUGCAACCACGUUGCCAACCACAGCACAUGGAGCAGAAGACACAAUGCAUACGCCCAACUUCCUUACUCUGAAGGUGCUGACUGUUAAACAUAGUAAAAUAGUACAUACUUUAAACCAAAUAUUUUACAUGAGUCAGUUAAUCAAUGCUGUUAAAAAGUGUCUAAUACUGAUGGGGGGACUUGCCCAGCAUGGCAGACGGCCGCACAUCGCAUGAGCUCUGGGAGUUAUCAUAGGCAGCCUAUUGCAUAAGGGUGUGCACCUAAAGCACAAACACACACGUCGCGUGUAUAUGUAUGUGUGUGUGUGUGUGUAUAUAUAUAUAUAUAUAUAUAUAUAUAUAUAUAUAUAUGUGUGUGUGUGAGGGUUCUGGUAGUGUGUGCUGUGUGUGUGUGUGGGGGUAGGGGAACAGAUUAGGAAAUAGUCGGUCGCACAUCGCAUAAGGGUGUGCACCUAAAGCACAAACACACACAUCGUGUGUGAGGGUGCUGGUAAUGUGUGCUGUGUGAGGGUGCUGGUAGUGUGAAUUUGUUUGGAGGGUGCUGUGUGUGAGGGUAAGGGAACAGAUUAGGAAAUAGUCCUCCCUUCUUACCUUUUGCCUGGGAGCCUGCCGGCCUCGCUAGAGGAACCCAGAGGAGCUGCUGGCAAGAGCUCCCCAGGUCCUCUCCUGCCUCCCACACUGCCUGUGGGCUUUGAUCUCCUUUACCAGCCCAUGGAGGCACACAGCGCAGUACGCAGCAUAGGCACCCAUGCACACGCCUAUGAAUGGACUCUGCUGAAUCAUAGCUCACCCAGGACUCUAUCACUAGUACAUUUGAUAGAUGACACUGCUUAAACUGCUGGACGUGUCAAUUUUGUCCUCCUAGUAGCGGCCUGGCAGUACGGGACUGGGGGAAACGGCUGAUCCCUCAGUCAAUGUUCUAGUCAGACUCACGGAGUCUGGUGAGGGUUAUCCUGGCAUUCUCAACCAAUUACCUUUCUCUGGGACUAUGUGCAUCCUGUCAAAUCCACGGCCUCACUACUGUGCAGGAAAACGACCCUGUGCACCAUGCGAGGCCUACUCUAAGCUUCUUGGCAGCAUUGGACGAAAUAUGUGAAGCCUUCUGGGAGAGACUGAGGCAACAAGUAGACCCUGGCCACAGGCUCAAAGGGGCUGAUCUCGUCACAAAGAGCACCCACACACUUACUCAUCUCCCACUGGAGAUACCAAGGGGGCCCAAGAAGUCAGACCUCUCUUACAGACAGGCGUGGUCGCCCCACAGGUGCCAGACAGGGGAUUUGAACCUGCAUCCUAAGCCUGCGUUCCGGCCUCUGAGUGGCUUCAAUACUUAUGGAUCUACCCUGGUUUAUCUGGCAUUGCCUGCAGCAAAAGGUGGUUGGACUUCACCAGUGGCUUCUACCUGUCAAUCUAAGUCCACAUGAGGCAGAUGGAUCUUUAUCCCUGGUAUAUAAUGCUGCCCUCAGUUCAUUGUUUCACAUUUGCUGUUUCCUAAGACUGACUUGGUUUGUGACCCCUGCUUGUGGAAUAUACGCUAUUGCCUGUUUGCCGCCUGCCCUGACCUUUUUGAUACCAUGCCUGACUACUCUUCUGGAUUUGUCCUUGUCUGUUUCCUCAUACCCAGCUACUAUUCCUGCCUAAGCCCCCAUGCACAGAUUCACAGCCCAGGUAGCUUCUUAUCUGGUUAUCGUGGGCUGUGUUUAUCUGCAAGGGUGAGCAUACAUCUCUGCUCUUUGGACUCCAACUAAGGUAAGCCGUGACAGCUCUAGGCGGCAAAGGAGCCCUCCUGUAACCUUGAGGAGCUGUGGUGGGGGGAGUGGGAACCCUCGACAUGCUCGCCGCAUAUGUGGCCAUCAGAGGAAACAGCUCAGACACCAUGAUGGCGACAAGCGCCGGGAUCGACCCCCAUCUUGCCCUGACCACCCAGCAGUACAGGGGCCUAAGCUGGAGCAUGCCUGGUCCUAUAUCUCGCAGAGCCCUGACACGAUAUUUCCCAGGUAUGCUUGGAAGCGGUUCCCAUCCGCAGCACCUGGCGACUCUGCCUCACAAAAGGACAUCGGCUAAUUGCCUUGCCGCACCCAGAGACUCUUAUCCCAAUCAGAUUGUCUCUGGAGCCCAUCUCCCUCUAUUAUGACUUGUAAGGUCGUUUAUGUAGCAAUGGUCAGUCCUAGCACGCUUAACCAUAUUUAAUAUAUGUUGGUUAAUCAUUCUACAACUGAACCCAUAGCCUGCUGACUUUCGUACCUGCUGGAAUGGGCUGAUCCAGAAAGAGGCCUACAACCUGCUGACAUGCAACAAUCCUGCUUCAUAGAACGGGACUUGGAAGAAAGCGGACAUUCGUUGCCUUUGGGCUUCACUCUUCAUGACAACUACCCUUGCUGAAGAGCACUUUGAUUUACGGUUCUACUUACUUUAAGCACAUUGUCUUAUAUUUUUGUUUAACCUGUUGAAGUAUUACUCAGUCUCAGUGGUACUCACUUUACUUUACUUUAAAGCACACUCCAGUCUAGCUUCACUGUCAGUUAGCCUGAUUACCCACUCACUAUGCUUAGACUUGUCUCCCCUUUUUGUGUCUGAAAGCCUAUUCCCUACACGAGACAGGACAGCUAAGCUUGAUAUAUCUUGUUUUGCAGCUCCAAAUUAAGCAGAUAUAGAUUGGGGACAAUCUCUUCUAUUCUAUUCUUAUAGUUCACUCAAUAUCUUGAUAGCCUUCCACACCUUGACUGUUGAUGCCAUAAUCUCGUUCUAGAUAGAUCUCAUAAGCAUGUUUAUAAUCCUGUUAUUAUACCUUCCUAAAAAAAUGGUACAUGUUAAACUCACCGCCUUAUUGCAUGUAAGUUAUGUAUCCUGACUCUCUUGCAAUUUCUAUCAGGGCAUGACAAGCUGUAUGUUCUUAUCUGCACUACAAAAAUAAAGAAUAAUAAUAAUAAUAAAAAUAAAGUGUCUAAUACUGCUCAAGGAAAGUUGGGAAACACAAACAAAUCUGCAUUUAAAAUGUUGCAGUCAGACUAUUUAGAGUGCAGCCUCAUUACCAGUGGUGUUAUUGAAAAUGUUGCAUUUAGGGUUAGGUUAGCGUUCGGAGCAUUUGGGUUAAGGGGUUUCCUUAUGGAUUAGGGUUUGGCUGGAAGUGAUAGAUCUUACAGUUCACAGCAUGUUACAAGCAGAAAUUCUAAACCCCUGUCACCUAAACCUUUGACACGCUGCUAUACUGCACAUAAUUACUGCAGCUGGUAAUGUUUUUUGUGUAAUUUUAGUUUGUUUAUUUUUUAAACUUAAGGGGCCAAGUAAUGUAAACUAUAACAGCAACACAUCUAAUUAACAACCCCCCCCCCUUUCCUCCACCUGUUUUCUUUCUUUAUUAAUGUGUUAAAUUAAAGGAUAAUGAUAUAUAUAUAUAUAUAGAUAGAUAGAUAUAUACACACACAAUUCUAUAUAAAUAUAGAAUUGUGUGGAUUUUUUAAUUUGUAAAUUGCUUUCCCCAAUUGCUAAAAAAAAAAAAAAAAAAAAAUGUUGCAAUUUGGAUCUUUGUUUGCUACAGUUUAGAAAAUAAAGUAUCCGACAAAUGAAAAUAAUCUCUGACAAACAGGUGUUUGUUUCCUUAUAAAGUUAUUGAUUCUCAAACAUGCAAAACAAUGGCAGGUAUUUAUUCUAGGAUAUGAGUAUUUUUCUUUUAGUUUCUGGUAUAAUAGAGGUAUGUGCAGCAUAUCAGUCUAAUUUUGUAUUUUGUAUUGUUUUGUCUGACAUAGUUUAGCUGGUUUGCUAAAAUUUGCAGUAAACCUUUUUAAGAACAGAGAUUAGAAGUGGUCACGGUACGUUGAGUCUUUAUUAGCCUUUCUUUUACCUCCGGCAGUGCCAUCGGUGCAUCAUUAGCCAAAGCAGAACAAGAGUUCCAUGUUGGCUAAUGUCAAUGCUGUGCAUAUUCCUAUGCACAGAACGUCACUCAUUGGCUGAGAGCGAUCAGCUGACCCUCUCAGCCAGUGAAUGAGUGGUAGGAUCGGCAUCCAAUGGCUGAUGCAGUUCAACCACCAUUGUGGGACCCUUGGCGCCCAGUAGAGGACCACGGUAAAAGGGCAAAUCAUUGUAAAAUAAUUAGCUCCUUUACCUAAAAUAGUGCCAGGGUAAUCCUACCAUCUUAAAGGACUGUAGUGGUUAUGACAGUUGGGGUAACUAUUUAAUUGGUUGUUGCGUCUGUAGUGCAUUCAUUUGUGGGGUUUUUGUGAAAAGUAAAACUUUUAAUAUGUUGUACAAAACACGUUGAUAUAGUUAAACAUUGGGAAUGCUGCAAACUGUAACUCCAAUUUGUCUAAGCUACUUGACAUAUGGCCUUGUCUUACUGGUAAUGAUAGUAAAUAUAGUCUCCAAUAUCUUGACAUCACUUUAACCUUGAAUACACAUUAGUCCCAAGUAUAGCCUUACUUUGUAGAGUUGCUGUGUUCCAUAACUUCCAUAACUGUGUUAUCAGCCUCAGGCGCAUGAGAUUUAGACUCCACUGCAUUCCAUGUUUAAAAUAAAUGGGGCUCUGGACAAGCUCCUAUUUUGGGCCCCCCACAAAAUACUGAAUCCUGUUCUUAUCAGAACCUCCAUGUAGAAUCUCACAAUUCCUGCUAUUUUAUUAUCCCCUAUAAUCUCUCACCAGUGCUCCUGGGUACCCAAUUAUCUUUUCCCUGCCCCUCUUUAUCUCCCCUUAGAACCUAUUACCUCACCCUAGCUCCCCUGUUUUCACUUCUUAAUUCCCCUAUUAUUUCCUUAUUCCUCUCCCACCUGUAAUUUUUGUACCUCCUGAACCGGCAGCACUUUUUCUUCCUAUGAAAACUUAGAUCCAGUUCUUCUGCUGUCCGCCUAGUAAAACAGAGGUGGGAACUGCUGGCGGCUGUGUGGAGUCCAAGGCUGCAUUGAUUAAUCCAUGGGCAGCUGGAAGAGAUGCCAGUAGGAUACCUACUUACUGGUCACCCUCCUUGUAGGCAGCAGGCCAGAUGCAUUAAAUCCACAGGCUGCAUAAUGCUUGCGGGCAAUAUGUUCAACAGCUCUGGUAUAGAGGGCCCAAAUGGCAGCUGCUAUGAGUCCCCUACAAAAUAUACGGCCCAGUUCAACUGUUACUUUUGACAGCUGACCUCGGCUGUCGACUGUCAAAAAAAAAAAAAUCACUUUGCGGUUGCUGUUGAGUCAGCUCAGUCCUUUUGAUCAAACACCUUAGCCUGCUUUAUCAGCUGUACAAAAAGAUUAUUAUAAUGAAGAAUAUUGAUAAAUUCCAAUGCACAGAAUGAAUUCCACUUUGGUUAAACAUUGAUUUAACUUUUGCAAAGAAACGGAGAUGAAUGGAAUGCACAUUUCUACCAUUUUCACUUAAACAGACUUAAUAGUUUAAAGUGUUAUGUUAUUGUUGAAUAUAUCUUGCAUAAUAGAUGCUUUUCCUUUUCCUAUAAGUUUAAAUGCCAGUAUAGUCACCCAAACCACUUUACCUCAAUGAAGUGGUCUGGGUUCUGUGUCCUGUCCUUUUAAAACUGCAAUAUUUACAUUGCAGGGACAAAUCCACCUUUAGUGACUGUCAUACAGUCAUACAGUCACAUAAUAUUGAAAUUAUUUGCAAAGAGGGCAUCCAAAAAGAGACAUCCCAAGUUCGAUCUUCUGUCUCAUUGUCACAUAUGCACAUAAUAAGACCUUGUGCACGAAGGCCAUUCUCAAGGCACUGCUGUGCUAACCCCUACAAAAACACUAUAGUGUUAGGAAUAAAAACAUAAAUCCCUAAUGCUAAAGCGACUUGCCCAUUAUUUAGGUUACCCCUGCCCCCCAUUAUGUGAAAAGGUUUACUUAAUUCUCUUAACUUUUCUCUCUUGACACAGUGUUUUUUUUAAACUCAGCACUGCCUCCUUGGCUGAGAUCAUCAAUCAAUGAUCUCAGCCAAUCCAGUGCUUUCCCAUAAGAACACUGGAAGGAUAGUGUGCAUGCACAGUAAUAAUCAAAGGUAAAGCAGACAGGAAUAAAACUAUCCAAAUCGAGUGUAAAGACAGGGAAUGAACUUGGAAUAUUAAGGAAAACGGCUUAUUUUCCCUCAUUCACAUUAAUCUCUACUGGUAUAAAAAAGCAUCUAUAAAAGCUCAAGAAAUAUAAUGAAUCACAAGGAUACGGGGUCCUAAAAACGAAGAAUGUAUCAAGAAAAAUGUUGUGAGAAUUGAAAAACUAAUUUUAAAAAAAUGAAUGAAAUUAAUGAUGACUUGUGCAGGAAAAGUGCUGUCCCUAAAAAGGAAUGAAGAGACAGCUGUUAUCUAAACAGUGACAAAUAAUUUAAAGAACAAAGUUGAUAAAACAGUACACAGCAAAAGAUACUAUAACAAUAUAAAAUGAAACAGCAAAAACAAACAUAGGAAGAGCAUUGCAGUCCAUGUAGUGAACAGUCAAUAUCACUUUAUAUCAUGAUAAAAUGUAGCAAAAAUGUAUCAGCUGCCAAGAUGCUAGAUACCUGUUACUGAAUAGCAGGAGCUAAAAUCAUCUGUGGCUGAUAUUCUAUGAGCUAUAUAGGACUACAUGGGAUAGUGACAUAUAGGUGAAAAAGUCUUCUUUAGACCAUGAAGUGGUCUCAUAUGUUGAACGAUGUCUCGAGAUCUAGAAAGGGCAAAAAACAAGAGACAUAGUGUUCUCUGUAAACCCUUUAUUAGUAAUGACAAACACUUACAAGCUCUCCACAAUUAAAGGCAUAUCUGUGGAACAGUAGGAGUAACGGCUCCAGAUGUUGAAAAAAAUGUAGUCCUUUUAGUGCUCUCGCUUUCACCGGCUUAAAAGUGAAAUGUGAGCAAGUCUGUUAGGGGGGUAAGCUGCUGACCAUCGCGGGCAUUCCACCUGGGACACCGGGAAGCCAAUCCUGUGUUCCACUGCAGUCCUCCUCCGAGAGAGUGUCUGUUCGGUGUAAUCACCUUACGUGUUUCGUGACAAGCAAUGUCACUUCUUCAGAGGCUAAUGGUAAGAUUAGGUCUCUAUGGAGUUUACAAAUAAUUUUAAGAAAAAAGUUGAUAAAAUAGUACACAGCAAAAUAUACUACAUAGCUCCAAGAAACACAUGGCUAUUUUGUACUUUUUCUUAUUGAGGUAUAUUAUGAGACUGUUCAAGAAAUAUUGUGCAAAAAAUUACCAUUGUAAAAGAAUGCUUAAAAAACAUUAAAAUAUGUAACAACAAGAAUAUAAGAAUACAAUAAAAUCUAAAAAAAACUAUAAUUAUGCAUAAACAAUGUGAACUGAUAUGAAUACUUAACAAAUGCAAACGUGAGAAUAUGUAUAUUAGAUUGAAAAAGAAUACAUAGACAUAUACACCUAUAAAGUAAAUUAAUAAAAUGCAACCAAUAAAACCAAUGACAAUGGAAAAUCUAAAAUAAAGAUGUGAAUUCUACAAUAUAAGUCAAACUCAGGAGAGUCAAAUGUUACGUAAAUAUUGGUAAAAAUUGAAUGCGAAGAAAUGGUAUCUUGACAUAUAUCUACCAUUUCUUCAUAUUCUAUUUUUGCCAAUAUUUACUUAUUAACUUAUUAACUUAUAUUGUACAUAUUGUACACUUCACAUCUUUUAUUUAUAUUUUCCAUUGAAAGAAGAAGUUCAAAAUAGCCAUGUGUUUCCUGGGGCUAUAUAGUAUCUUUUGCUGUGUACUAUUUUAUCAACUUUUUUCUUAAAAUUAUUUGUCACUGUUUAGUUAAUAGCGGCCCCUUCAUUCCUUUUUAGGGGCAACACUUUACCUGCACAAGUCAUUAAUUUAAUUCAUUUUUUAAAAUUAAUUUUUCUAUUCUCACAGCAUACUUCCUGGUACGUUUUUAGGAUCCAGUAUCCUUGUGAGUCACAGUAAUAAUCAAGUUUAACCCCUUAAGAACACAUGACGGAAAUAUUCCGUCAUGAUUCCCUUUCAUUCCAGAAGUUUUGUCCUUAAGGGGUUAACAUGGUUAUUUUGAUGGAAGUGCCUCUAGUGAAUGUUAGUGAAAUAGCCACUAUAGGAGUUUUAACCUUGCAAUGUAAACAUUGCCGUUCCUAGAGAAUGGCAAAGAUUUCAUUUUCAAGGGUUACCCUGACCAAUCAUGGCACCCAGACCAUUUCAUUGAGAUGAAUUGACCUGGGUGUCUAUUUAAUCGAGCCAGUCAGCAUGAUUUGCACUUUCCAAAGGUUAGUGUGCCAGGCUGACUGCCAAUGACAUAGAUCAAGGUCCUCCCAUCACUAUCCUAAUUAACAUACUUCCUAAUUGUGGGGAGGUAUGUGAGAGUUUUUGGCAUCAUGUGCAAGCAAUUACAGGUUAAAUUAAAUUGCUACUGAUUUCUUAGUCAUUGACUUUAUCUUUAUGAUAUAAAAAAAGGGAUAGAGAAAUUACCUUUUUUUUUUUAUCUAUUUCAUUGCUUCAUUAAUUAUUAUGCAACUACCAUCCAUCCCGCAUUGAUUAUCGAAAAUUUGUGGGUGUAACAAUCAUAUUCUGCUCCUGUCUAUGUACCUCUCCCUCACCCUAGCAAUUCUCCUAGCACAAUAUAGAAUUGCUGUUUGUUUUUGUUUUUAGGCUUAAUUUAUCAUAAUAUAAAUAACUUUACCCAUGACAGUUUUAGGAAAUUCCACUACAUUUGUAGAAGAACCACAUGUGGCAGAAUUAAUAUAUUAAAUAUUUUCAGUACAUUUUUGUGUAUACAAUGAAGAAACAACAGCAUGGCUCUCGCAGUUGCAUCUUCUAUGCUGUGAUAUUUUGUAGGAAUUUAUGAACUUUUUGUUAUGUUUAUUUUAACAUGAACAGUCUAAGUAUUCUAAAGUGAGAGUUGGGGAGAGGAAUACAUACCCAAUUUGUAAACCAUGUUUGGUUUCUUCACUUUUAGUAUACGUAUAUCUAUUUGUACAAAUAUAGUGAUCAUCCAUAGACCUUUCUCCUAAUCAUUUGAAAUUCAUUGUCCUUCUUUUCCCUCAGAUUGCUGACUUUGGGUUAUCUAAAUGGCGUAUGUUGUCAUCAUCGCAGUCUUUAAGUGACCAUAGCUCACCUGGGGGAACGAUUGUUUACAUGCCUCCGGAGGUGUAUAUACCAAAUGCCAAAAAUAAAAGAGGAAGUGUUAAACACGACAUGUACAGGUAUUCUACUAAUCACCUCUUCUAGGUUGAGGUUCACUCAAAUGGUGUCCAUUUAUAAAAAGUUAUAGAGGGAGUCAAGCGUUGUUUUUAACACUUCUAAUAUUGCACAUUGUACAUUUAUAUUGUACAUUGUCUCAAUACAAAACACUUUUUUUGUGUGAAUUUGGAAGGACUAAUUACCAAGUUUGUUUACAAAACAUCUUGAAACCACUUUACACUUUGGUAUUUUUUGUUCGUUAUAGUUCUUAGUAAUUCAGUUUAUAUUUGUUAACACACUGUAGUGUGAUUUUCUACAGCCUGACUGUAAUUCUUUAGUGAUGGGGGGAAAUUUACUCAAAAAUACUAUUCACUUGCUAAAAUAAUCAGUGACGCAAAGAAGGAAGUCUUCCAACCAGAGAAAAACCCUGACAAAGGAAACAAUAGAAACUGUGAUCGCUAGCUAUUUACUCGAUUUACUCGAUUUUAUUCCAGUUUAAUUUUGGUAACUGUUUUUAGGGUAAAUGCUGCACUUAGUAGGAGCAGGUACAGGGUCCCACAAAAUGUACUUAUAUGGAUCCCUUGUCCAUAUAAGGAUAGGAACAGAGAGUGUCCUUUGGAUCAAUAUCUAAUCCUACCCCUAUUUAUUUUCAGAAAUGCCAUGUCAUACAGUCAGGGCCAGAUUAAGAGCCCAUUGGGCCUGGUGCUGACAAUUUCGAUGGGCCUAAUUACAGAAUCUUAUCAAAAGAAAACACAAAAACAGUCAUACCUCCCAAGCGUCAUAUAUCUGGUGGAGGUGGUGCUGGAGGAUAACUCACAGGAUAUAGCCAUCCGAAAACGCAUAACCUAUGCUAAUCUAUAGCUUUCAUCUUUCAAGUAAAUCCAUACCCCCUAACAGCAGUGUCCGGUGAAGAAGGAAAUCGGAGGGCAGAGUACAAGGCUGGGCCACUGACGCGAAUCAGUUUACCAGAACGCCUUGAAGGGGAGAACAUGCCCAAAAAGGGGGCAAGUCUGCCUGAAAGUAUUAGGUCAGCCUGGUGUAAAUGCAUGUCAGGCUGCCUGCCAAACUUGCAUACUGGCCAGCGAAAGGCAUACCAUGCAGGCAGCACCCUGAGCUUGGCAUAAAUGCGUCUAAUGAUGCGCUCGCUCUAUGCUUUCUAAGAACUUUCCCCUAGCUCUCACUUGUCCACUACUCUACUUACCUUCUUACUAGGAGGCAGAAGCUCAUGUUAUACAGUCUGGGACAGAGGAAAGGUGUAUGUAGUAAAUGUAGAAGAAAGGGAACAUGCUACGGUGUUAGAGUGACUGAAGCAGCAAGAACAUUUGCAUAGUGCGCAAAGUCAGCUUUACCUUUCAGCCAGGCCACACAGGUUUUGUUCCCCUACAUCCCUCUUGAGUUUUCAUGCUUAAAGGACCACUCCACACCCCAAAACCACUUCAGCUUGCUGAAGUUCUUUAUGGAUGAGAAGUACCCUAGGUUAACCCCAGUUUAUAAAAGUGUUGAUUUCUGUGAGAAAUUCAGCACUUUUAUAAAUUAACUAGGGAACUCCCCCCUGGCUGUCAAUCAAACAGCCAGGGAGGAUUCCUUCCUACUUCCGUUAGCUCCCCUGAGUGAGUGUGCACACCCUACUUGAGUGUGCCAGCCUCCCCUCCCUCACAGGCCUCAGACCGGCUCCUCCGCUUGGGGACCAGGUCAUAGGCUUCUCAUAGAGAAGCCUCUGAUUGGUUAUUUACCUGUGAAGAGACUGAAAGUGUCUUCCUCGAAAAAAAGGGGAGGACGUACAAAGGCUGCAGUCAUAAGAACUGCAGCUUUUGUAAUCUCUUUUAGACUAUACUCCCAAUGAAUACAUGCAUACAAAUAUGCGAGAGGAGAGGGGCUGCUGCAGUACAGGUGCCUUACUUCAGACACAGGGGCUAAGCCUUUUUUUUUAGUACGCCACUGCCGAAAGAUGAUCUCUCCACUCUUUUUUAAUCUUCCAAAUUCACAAGCAGAUUACAUGGCCCUAUUCCCACGUGUCCUCUCCCAACCCUUUUUUUUUAUCUAUUAUAUAAACCCCUUCUUUAUUCCAUGUGAUCUCACAUUUAUCUCCAAUGCUUUAGCUAAAUAGCACUCAACAAGCUAUAAACUGAUAUUGUCACCACAAAUACUAAGUCUGUUCUGACUACUAAUCUUCUUGGAUCAUUAGGUUGACUUUUAAUAAAAUUGACCACCCCUUCUAAUGCAAACUAUUUACAUAUGUGACACAAUUCUGCUCUGUUAUAGGACAUAUUCUGUCAAAUCAUUAUGGCAAUGUAUACUAUAUUAGCAUUUGCUCCUUCACGCUACUUCUGUCUGUUAAAGGGACACUAUAUGAAUCAAAACAACUUUAGCUUAGUAAAGCCAUUUUGGUGUAUAGAGUAUGCCCCAUGCAGUCUCACUGCUGAAUUAUCUGCCAUUUAGGAGUUAAAUCAAUUUUGUUUAUUUUUAUGCAGCUGUAGCCAUACCUCCCCUGGCUGUGACUGGCACAAACUGCAUGAAAAAAAUCAGAUGUUGACUUACUUUAGAAGUUUGUGUAACCUGUGUGUAAUAGGAAUUGUUUAGGAAAGCUGUGUAAGUCACAUGCAGGGAGACUAGGUGUGUAUAAAAAGAGUAUUUUGACUCCUAAAUGGCAGAGAAUUGAGAAGUGAGACAGCAAGGCCAUGAUCUAUUCACCAAACUGUUUCAUAAAGCUAAAGUUAUUUUGGUGACUACAGUGUCCAUUUAAGAUAUAAAGGCUAUAAGGCUAAUUCCCAAUUUCCUACUCUUCUUCUCUUUAUUGCAAUUCCCACCCAUUCCUUGAUCCUAAUUUCUUGAUUACAAUCAACUGCUGAUGUUUCAAGCAUGGAACCAUUUUUAGUAAAGCAUUUCCAAUUCAGGUCUUUGAACAGGAGAAUCUAUCAGUGAGAAAAUAAUCAUGAAUAGCACCCACAGAGACAAUUCAGAGAGUUUGCGGAAAAAGUGAGACCAGCAAACUUAUGGCAAUCUGGAUACUCAACUUGGGCAUCUACUAUAAAAUGUGAUAGAAGCUUGAUGGCCCUGACCACUUUCCAUGAUUCGCAUGCUGGUUUCUGUUUUUGUUAACAGAGUGCAGACUAGAGAAGUGAUCCUUAGUAAUUAUUACUGGGUAUUUUCUGCUUUACCUUCAUCUACGAUAACCAGAAACCAAAGACAUGCACUGAUUUUAAAAAGGAACCACAUGUUUACAGACUAAGCCUUUUUCCACUAUUAAAUAAAUGUCUGAUUCUGUUUUACAGCUAUGCGAUAAUCAUGUGGGAAGUACUGACGAGAAAACAGCCAUAUGAAGGUAAAAAGCUCCUCUCAGAAUAUUGGAAUUCAACUUUAUAUUCAAUGACAAAAAUACAAUUCUUAAAGGGACACGAUAGUUACCAUGACCACUAAAGCUUAAUGUAGUGAUUCUGGUGUUUAUAGCAUGUCCCUGCAGAGAAAAGGCAGUGUUUUUAUUAAUUCCUAGUGACACCUCUAGUGAUUGUCACUCAAAUGGUCACUAGAGGUCACUCUGCAUGGAGGCGCUGAAUGUUCCCCAUAGAGAUGCAUUCAUUCUACGAGGAGAUGCUGAUUGGUGCAGUGUUUUGUAGUCAAUUGUAUGGGAAAACAUUGGAUUGGCUGAGAUCAUCUAGCUUGAUUAUCUCAGUCAUAGAAGCAGGGACAGUUGAGGGGAGACCAGCACAGUGUGGGAAAAAAAGGUGAGUAAAAACACCAUUCCCUUGCAAAUGUAAGGGGUCUGCUAACCUAAGCACACACAUCAUGACACACACACAUCAUGACAGCCAGACACAUACCAUGACAGACACACACAAACUCAUAUACCAUGACAGACACACACAAGUGCAUAUACCAUGACAGACACACACACACACACACACAUAUACCAUGACAAACAGACAAACACACACACACCAUGACAGACACACAUGCAUACCAUGACACAAAAACAUGCACACUGACACGAGGGAGCAGAGCAGCGACAUCACAGCUCCCUCGCCACCCGCCUACUAUUCGCGCAGCUAGCCACCCACCUUCCUAAUCCCCCAACUUGCCACCCAAAUCCACAGUUCUGGCCUUGCAGCCACGUAGGAGGUAACUGAUCUACAUCCCAGAUGCCAAGGCAAAAUUCCUAGGCUCCAUGGCGACCUUGCGUCUGGGAUUUGUCAAGCCCGUGUGUAUGGUAUAUUGUUGGAUAAACUUUGCAAACGAUUUAAAUAUUUUGGGAUAAAUUAUUCAAAUUACUUUUUCAAUACAUUAAAAUAUCAUAUAUACAAACCAAAAUCAAAAAUUUUGAAUAUUACAAAAUUAAAUUAUUUUUAUAUUAGAUCAUUUUAAAAGUUUAUCUAAAAAUAUUAACUCAUUUGGAUAAUUUAUCUAACAAUAUCAAAUCGAGGCCUUUGUUAGCAGUACGUUUAAACCUUUGUAAACAAAAACUCCACUAAUCUUUGAUCAAUUAUAAUAUAGUUUCAGUUGUAAUUGAAUAUAGUUUAAUUUUUGUUAUGUCAUUAAAUAAUUGUAUUUUUAAGAUGUUUUGACUGGUAUAAAAAUGGAAAUAAUGCUACUGCCACAUUUAAUGGCUUCCACACCUAAAACAAACUAUGUAUUCUAGUAUAAAUUUAUAUUAAUGAAUAUUUUUUUUCUGUUUUCAUUGCCAGGAGCCAUAAACCCUAUUCAAAUAAUGUACACUGUUUCCAACGGGAAUCGUCCAGAGAUUAGUGAAGAUAGUUUGCCGGUUAAUUUACCACACCGAGAUGUAUUUAUUUCUUUAAUGCACAGUGGAUGGGCAAAGGAUCCUGAUGAAAGACCAGCAUUUUUAAGUAUGUUUUUGAGAAAUAUUUCAUAUAUACAUAUAUAUAGAUAUAUAUAUAUAUAUAUAUAUAUAUAUCUAUAUAUAUGUCAAUGGUUGUGGCCUCUUUAUACAUGAAAAAACAUGUUAACAAAAAGCUAGUAUGGUAAUUACAAAAUCUGAUCAUUAUAGUAUAUAAUAAUUCAGUAAAAAAAAAUACCUGGAUCAAAUUCCUGUUCUAGAGGAAGGAUUAGAAGACAGGAGGUGAAGGAUUGUUUGGAGUCCUGUUUGUUUUUAUCGAUUCAGUAGAAAAGGUCUGAACUUUUUCUACUAAAUUGAUAAAAAUGUAGGUCCUAGGGCAGCACGAGCACUAGGACCAUACAGACAGCGUUUAUCGCAAUUCUCUGUAUGGUCUGUAAGUACUUGACCCCAGGCUGACAUACCUCCUUCAGUGGGAGGACACGCCCACUCCCUGGAUGAGCCUGCUGAUGGUGGGUAAUGCACAUUAUGCCUAGAGUUACCAGCCACCAAUCUCGAUUACAUACCUUCCAAUGUUGGGAGGCAUGCUCCUGCUAUCACUCAAUUAAUUCUGCCUGAUAAGACACAUUAAUAGGUUACUCGAACCCUUUUUAAAAAACUUUUUUUAUUAAAAAGUUUAUUUGAUUUUGUUAUGCCCUAUUGAGCAUGAGUAGUGUGCCUACCUCCAUUUUUUUGUAAGUGAAAAAACCUGAAAAAGAAGAGAAAACGUAUCAGUAAUCCAGUGACUGGUGAGGUUCUUCCUGCCCCGUCCAAUGUCACUAGCCAUCACUCCACAUCAUUUGUAUCAUCAUUGGACUGAUUUCAAACAAUCCCUGUCAAUGUAGGACAAGUGAGGAGGUGAGGGGACAUGCUGUGCUCGCUGACAAGAGACAAACAUUUUGCACAGAAGUAACAUUAGGAAACCUUGAACAGAAUUCCGAGCUUCAUAAGUCAUGUGUGCUAGGGGCAAAAAUGCUGAUUACGUGUAGUGUUUCCAGCCAAAACAAUGCAAAUACAGAUUAUUUUUUUCCAUUACCACUUCUAAAAUCAAAAAUCAUCAUGGUGGCAGGAGUAACUCUUUUACUAAUUUCCCAUCCUUGACCAGCUAGGACCGUCAUGAUAUGAUGGUUUUUAUUUGAUCACUUUUCAUGAAGAAGCUUGUAUUUUUGUUUUUAAUCAGUUUUUUUAUGAUCAACUGUGUGAAAGAUAGCAGCCAAAAUAAAGGCUUUUAACACAAACAUUUUUUUUAAUUUUAUUUUAUGAAUGUAUUUAUCCAUUUAUACUAUGUGUAGUGUAAUGGUUUAGAAAUAAUAUUGAUUUUUUUUUUUUGCCAUUUGAUUUACACAAAAUACCUCACACUAUGAAGAUGGUAAAUAUUUGAUUGUAACAAGACUGUUAAAACAAAUAAAACAGACAUUUAUUGGUUACUUAAAUAUUCACCUCUGUUGCUGUGAAACCCCUCAACAAUAUCUGUUGCAACUUCAGAAGUCACAUAGUUGGUGGAAUAGGAUCCAGUUCUAUGGAAUUUGUCCAAUAUUUUGCAAACCACAUAAUUUGUUACAAAACAUAAUGAAGGCCGAGUAAGUCUUGGAUAGAGUUCUGGAAAAGAAGAAAUCAGCAUUGGGUUUAAAACAAAAACUCAAACUUUAAGUAUCUUCGGAGCACUGUUAACUCCAAUAAUUAAAAAAAAAAAAAAAAUUACACAACUGUAACUCUGUUUGGAGAAAGUUAUCUUCCAAAACUGAGUGACCAGUUAUGGCUUUAGUCAGAGGAGCAACCAAGAGAUCAAUGGCAACUUGUAAAAAGAUAAUUUGUUCCGAUGAAACCAAAAUUUAACCUUUAGACCAUGAACACUAUUUAUCCAUACAGUAAAAUAUGGUUAUCUGCCGUCACAUUCUCUGUUUCUAUACAGUAAAGGUGGAGACCAUAUUUAAAAGAGGAAAAACUACCACAACAAGAGGACAUAGUCUUCAAUUAGAGGGGCAAAGGUUUAAAAAUAAUAUCCGGAAGUAUUACUUUACUGAGAGGGUAGUGGAUGCAUGGAAUAGCCUUCCAGAUGAACUGGUAGAGGUUAACACAGUAAAGGAGUUUAAGCAUGCGCGGGAUGGGUAUAAGGCUAUCCUAGCUAUCAAAUAAGGACAGGGACUAAUGACAGUAUUUAGAAAAUUGGGCAGACUAGAUGGGCCGAAUGGUUCUUAUCUGCCGUCACAUUCUAUGUUUCUAUGUGAUGGCAGCACGGACCUGGGAGACUGGGAGGGGGGUGGUGCAAUACUGAGGCCUGUUUAUUUUUUUAUUUUUCCUUGUUUCACAAUAGAAACAAAUAUUUUACACUUUCAACAUUUGUGAAUAGUGUAUAAAAUAAAUGGUAAAAAUCACAAUAAAAUCCAUUUCUUAUCCACAUUUUAACACCAUAAAUUACUCUUAGAGAUAGUAGAUAGUAGAGAAGUAGUUAUUAGGGGUGUCCAUUAUUAAUGAGAUUUAUUGGCAUGUUUCCUGUCAUAUCCAGUCCCUGAGAUAAACUCAGAGUGAUUUUCUGUGAUGGUUUAAAAAAAAAAAAAAAAAAAAUUCAUUAUCCUUUACUAACUGUUUCCCGUAAAAUCAUACCCUUUCUGUGAAUGACAUAUAACAUGUUUUUUGUGCUUUACAUUAGAAUGUUUGUUAGACCUUGAGCCAAUCAUCGGAACAUAUGAUGAGAUCUCCAUACUGGAAGCAAUACUUAUGAUAAAGAAAGUAAAGAAAGUAAGUUAGUCAUUUCCCAGAAUUUCACAAGAACUGUCUAAAACGCAUGCUUACUCAUUGGUGGUUGUGGUAAGCAUUUCGUACCCCAAACACUGUAAUCCUGUGAAAUCCAACGUAACAAGCUGGAAACUCAUUACUUUUUAAUUGUUUAUGUGUGCUUUAAUAAACAGUAAGCAAUGCUAUUAAAGUAUAUCUGUCGCUUUGUUUAUAGUAUCAAUAUAAUCAAUUCUACUUGUGGCUUUACAUCUGAGUUUUCAAUUACUAAUUGUUUUAAAGGUAUUUGAUUUCCAAGAUAAAGGAACACUAUAGGGUCAGGAACAGAAACGUAUAUUCCUGACCCUAUAGUGUUAAAACCACCAUCUGGCCCCCCUGCCCAGACCUCUUGCCCCCUUGCCUGACAUCAUCAGAAGUGAUGAUCUCAGCUAAUCACAAUGCUUUCCUAUAAGAAAGCAUUGGAUGGGCUGAGAUUGUCAAUUCUGAUGGUCUUAACCAAGGUGAUGGGCUGGAUGUGGAGCCAAAUGCUGCCCUGGCCAAUCAGCAUCUCCUCAUAGAGUUGCAUUGAAUAAAUGUAUCCCUGUAAGGAAAGUUUAGUAUCUCCAUGCACAGAGAGAAGACAGUGUGCAGCACUGCCGCAGGAAGCACCUCUUGGAGCCAUAUGAGGAGUGGCCAGUGGAUGUAUCCCUAGGCUGUAAUGUAAACAUUGGCUUUUUCUCUGAAAAAGCCUGCAGGGACUCACUAUACUCCACAAAACAGCUACAUUAAGCUGUAGUUGUUCUGGUGACUAUAGUGUCCCUUGAAGUACCAUUUCAUCUCAGCAGAGCAGAGUUCAGUGACCAUAUUUAAAUAAUUACCCCCCUUGCCAUCAUGCAUACAGAACCAACUGCCUUCAAAAGAGUGGUAUAUCUUAAUGAGUCCCUCUACUUCUGACAGAGAAAUGCAAGCUUCUGCUUAGGAACAUUUGUUAGGUGUCAACUCAUUUCUCUCCACCAAUGAGCUUAGCCCUACACCACCAGGCUUAGCUCAGAGCAAAGAACUCCCAACUUUCUGUCAGUAGUUGUGGAGGCAGUGAGCGGAUCCUGAAAGACUCCAGGUAAAAAGUCAAACUGUUCUAAAAUGUUUUGACUAUAUAGAGUAGCAGGUGCCAGGGUAUUGAUAGCUCAAUAACCACUUCAGAACACUACAGAGUAUUGGUUUGAGUGGCUCUCCAACCAACAUUACCCUUAAAGCUCAUUUACUUGUUUUAGGGGUAUAGGUCAUGCCAUACACUGAUUUUCUGUUGCAUAUUUUUUGAAUUGUUUAAAAAACAGUAUGAGCUCGUCUUCUCUACAGGCAAAUAAGUAAUGCUGGGAGCGUUUAUGACAAAUGACAUCAUUUUCUCAGUGUUUGCAAACCAUUCCACCAUUAUACGUCGGAAUUAAGAUAUGCUAUUUUUAAUAACUUGCCCGUGAAUUGCAAUGAUUUUGAUAUGUUUUAAUUUUCUUUGUUUAUUACAAUCUCAUAGAGUUAUAAUGAUCUAUGUAUGCAGAUAUUUUGCAGUGCAGUUUGUGAGUUAUAUUAAUGAGAAUAAAACCGUUAAUAACCCAUAUAAAAAGUGUUGCCAGGAAAUUGCAAUAUUUUUGACCAAAAAAUAAAACAGUGUUUUAUAAAUAAACAUAUUUGAAGGUAUUACAAGAUAAGAAUUGUAUCUGUUUUUUACAUCUACAUCACUGGACUAAUACAGCUACAAUCUCUACUUGAACAUAUUUGAAGAUAGCAUCUCUGGUGGUGAUUGGAAGGAACUCUGAAAUAAUAGGGAACCACAUUUUACUGAAUUUUCUUAUAAUUUUAUAUACUGUAGUAUUCAUUUCUUUUACUUUUUAGAUGUCCGUUGCAUGUUAGACUACUCCUGUAUGUCUGUGAGUGUAUAUGUAUAGUAUAUAUGCAAUAUGUGUAAAUAUACACCAAAUUACAACUUUGCUAGGUAAACAUAUAUACCUGCUAGUUAAUACAAAAUUGCUAAACUGGCCAAUCAUGUGACAAGACCAAAUAACAUCAGAAUGUGAUCUAAGCAACUUUUACAGUGAUGUGAUUGAAUGAUUGCUGGUUAAAGAUAUUGUAGUUUUGUGUAAACCAGAAACUGCUGAUCAGUCUAGAGAGAAUGGUGUAAAAACUAAUCCCAUCCAAAGGGCAGCACCUAAUUGGGAGAGAUUACCUUGUUAAUGAAAAUGGCCUAGUUCAAGCUGAAAGAAAGGUUUCGAGUAACUGCAUACAAUAUAACUAUGCAGAACAACAUCCCCUGAAUGUGCAACACGUGGAACCUUGAAAUGGGUGAGCUACAGCAGUAGAAGACUACAGUCACUUCUGUCAUAUAUGUAUAAGAAAUUAAGUUACAGUGGGCACAGGCACAUAAAAACUGGUCAGUAAGUAUAAGAGUGGAAAGAUAUCACAUGGUCUAACAAAUAUUGAAUACUGCUCUGCCAUGCAGAUGGUGGGGUCAGAAUUUAGUGUCAACAGCAUGUUUCCAUCCAGUGUUGUGUUAACACUUCAGACUGGUACUAUAAUAGUGCCAAACUAUUUUUUGGGCACACAGAAUAAUGCUCAUCAUUUUAUAGCCACAGUCUAAUCAUCUUCUAUUGAUCUACUUCCAGUAGGAUAGCUAAAGGUUGUUUCCAUCAACAUCUUGAAUCCGUGCCACAAAGUAUCAGGUCUGUUUCUGGGAAGAAGAGAGAGCUCUACCGGUCUCUAAUAAAGUGGCUACUGAUUGUGUGUUUUAAAUUGUAGUUUUUUAAUAUAGUUAUUAUAUAAUUUUACUUUUAUAAUCCGUCUUAGAAAAUAUAUUGUAUUUUAUAAAUAUAUUGUGUAGCAUUCUAAUGAAUAAGUGCAAACACAAUUUACACUAUUUAAGAAGAACAUGCCAAUCCCUGCACUUUAUAUAUAAAGAGGAAGAUCGUGUAAUAUACAUUUAUGUAAUUUAAUUCAACUUCCAUCUUUCCAUAUUGUACCUAGUGUAAAAUAUGUUACAUGUUUAGAAUUGCCAAUAACGUGUAUGUAUUCCUGUUCUGUAGGCCAGAAUUACUUCCAACCACAGUAUACCAUCAAGUCCAUCUGCAUCAGAGCUGCACAAUGCAACACCAGAGAAAAGCAUUCAUUCAUCUAAUGAGGAUGUACACAGAGGAGAAAAUGUGGGUGGCCAAUGAUAACAUGUGUAAUUUGUUUUAAAGUAAUCGUAUCAUAAAGUUAGACAUUGCAUAAUGUCUAUCUUUUACAAAGGGCUGUCAUGAGACGGAACUAAAGAAUUUCAAAGUGAACCUGUCAAUCUAGGUUCAUGUUAAAUAUUAAACAUUUUAUUUUAUUUUUUAAUAUAUAAUUUAUUAUACUGAUAAAUUAUAGAUUUUGUUUUGCGGUUGUGGGAACUGUUAUAAUCAUUCCCACCAGAUGCCCCUCGUGCAAGCACCACCCAUCCUGAGUGUGCUUGGGUGUAACAGUAUUGUAACCCCUGCCCUCCAUUGCUGCUACCUAUCUUGUGCGACUGGGCCCCAUUGUGGACAUUUUCUGAAGCAGGGCAUGUCUCCACAAUGACAGACAUGAUGGCAUCACCUCCUGCAAAGUGAUCUAUAUUCCCACAGCAAGAGUGAGGAAGGCCUGUUGGGGAGUAGGACAGCGACAAGUUGAUAUAGAACCAUCUAGGGAGGGUUCACUUGCUCUCCUUACCACUCAGUCCUUGGUAUUAGACCGCUGUGCAGCUGGCAUUCAAGUGCAAUCAGCAGUAUUGAUUGACAGACGGGGAAGGUCCAACAUUUUAAAGUACUUUACAUUAAAAUCUGUACAUUUCCUAGCAUUUGUACAUUUGCCAGCAUUUCUACUAGCACAAUGUAUAAAUGGCAUUUAAGAAAUGAACUUAACUUGUGUGUGCCAUAACAGGUACACUUUAAUAUCCUGCAGAUGUUUUUUUUUCUUAGCCCAAUGUACCUAACUUACUGAAUGACCUAUGCCAUAUGCUAUGGUGUCUCAAGAGAUGGCAAAGUCCCUCUUAAAUGGACACAGUAUACAGGGAAUGACUUCACUACAUAGAUAAUAAACAAAAUAGUAUAAUUAUUUGAUCACUUUUGGAACUUUGGAAAGUUGUAUUGUAUCUGGGUGUUUUUUGUUAUUCUACAUAUAUCUUUUUAAGUAUCGUUAUUGUAUGCAUAUACCUCUAUUGCGCUCUCUUAUAAUGUUUAUUUUUCACUACAUAUAAAAUGCAUUAUAAAGUAUGCAAAAAUGAUCAAAGAUAAUAUACUUACCUUUGAUUUUACUAAUACAGUUGUAUAUGCACUUGUAAAUGCUACAGCAAGCAGAUCGCUCCUAGACCAGGAAGAGGUUUCACCAAUCAUGAAACAUUAAAUCCUGACCUUUACCUAUGCUCAUUAUAUCUCUUUUAGUUCAUAAUUUUGUUUGUAAUUACUAUACUCCCUUUAAAAUUAUAUUGUUUCCUACUUGAUUAAUUGUUUGCAUUUGACUUCUGUGACAGGAGACAGCUGCAAGUCCUCAUUACAAAAUUAAUUCAAUUUUCCCUCAUGGUAUGUAUAUUAUAACAAUGUUGUUAUUAAUUUGCUAUUAAUCCCAACAAGAAUAUAUACGUGUAGUAUUUUACACAUAUAAUAUAUGUAGUAUGGUAUGUGUGCGCACAUGUGUAUAUAUACCGUAUUUUUCUGUGUAUAAAAUUACCUCAUGUAUAAGACGACCCCUAUUUGUUUAGCCAAAAAUUAGGAAAUAAAUAUUUUAAACAUCAAAUAGAACAACUUUGAUAUUUUAGAGGUUACUAUUGAGGAGAACAACACACUUCUGAUUUUCAUGCCUCCCCUGUGCUACAGUACUCUGUGAAUUUAAUGGCUCUAUAGUGCAUGCUGGGAAACUACAGCUCCCACAAUACAGCAGGUGGUGUGAGAGCAUGCUGGGACAUCACAGUAGUAUUCCCUCUGUUCCCUGAUCCCCAUUUCCUUCCCCAUGAAUAUAAAUGAGAAAGCAAGGCCUACCUGAGGUGGAGCAUACCUUAAUAUGGCUGCUCCUUUUAUGGUGUGGCAUGUCUCACUGUUUAUAGCGAGUAGGGGCAUAAUUUACUAAUAGUAAGUAAUCUUUAGUAUUACUUUUUUUUAGGAUCUUUUGCUAAUGUCUUCGUGUAGAUAUCAUAGGACACGUUCACAAAUCUUGUGGAAUUCAUGCAUCAGAUCUGUUUUGGCAGCACCAGGGGGACCUACAUAAUAUUAGGCAGGUGGUUUUAAUGUUGUGGCUGAUCUGUGUGUGUGUGUGUGUAUAUAUAUAUAUAUAUUUAUUAUGAAAAUGUAUCGCUAAUUACUGUUAUUUUUCUUUUCCUCAUCAUAGGUCAUUAGACACCUAAUACUAACACUCUGUAUUAAAGCAUAACACAUUCAAUAUUUAACUGUCUGAACAUUAAAACAAAUUUCCUCUACUGUACAAUUUAUAGUGUCUUAUAAAGGUAGCAUUUAGCUGCUGUAUCAUCUCAGGAAAAAGUUUGCUUGUUGCUGCUCAAGAGCAGAAGACCUACACAGAAUGGGGAUGAAAAGUCUUGGUCCGACCAGCUUUAUAGACUUGAUUUAUAGCUAAAACAAUCCAGUGAUUACUGGUGUCCUUAGUAGCCAUUCAUCCCCACCUGGCCCCAUUAUGGAUAAUUGGUUCAUCGUGAUUUGCUGUCUAGCUAUUUUGUCACAGAUUAUGCAUAAAAAUAGGAGCGAAAAGAAACAUAUUUUUAUUCAAUUCAUUGAGUUGGUUCUCUCCCAUUUUGUGACUGGUGUUAUCCACACUGUAAGAAAAGUCAUAAAUGAGAGAAUAAGUCUUCAAAUGUGACCCAGUAAAAGAUUAUCACAUAUUUGCACAUUAAGUCUAAGCAUUAAUGAAUAUUUUAACAUUAUAACUGUGUAACAGAAUAAUUUAAGUGUAUUUGUUUUGUUUUAUGUAUCUAUCCUUGUUCAUUGUUCAUGUUUUCUUUUUUCUUUUUUUUAGUUUCUUUACCACCAACCGAGGCUCACAUCUCGAUCCAACCAAGCUCAAGCAUGCCUUUUGGUACUGUUCCAAGUUCAGAGGACUCCACACCCUUUCCAAAAUCAUGUAAGCUAUCAUGUUAUGUAAAACAAUGUAUAGAUCUAGAUUUCUAGAUCUUUAAAUACCAAUGUUGUGUAGACAAAGAUUAGCAAUGCAUUGUAUAGACUGGAUGGCAAUAUUGUGUAGGUUCAAUUAUGUGUGAAAUACAAACUUUUUAAUUUAUAUUUUAAUUCUAUGUAGAAAUACAAAGACAAUGGUUAUAACGUUUAUAUACUGUACAGUGUCAUGCAUUCCUUUGAACAGGGCUAUAGUGCCACUGUCAGAGCAACAUUUCCGAAAAUAAAAAAUAGUAAUAUAUCCAAAAUUACUGUGGAACAAACACGUAGCAUAAAUGGCUUUGUUUUGUUUCAGAACAUUAACAAUACUUUUGUCCUGGUUAAUAUGAUCAAAAUAUAUCAAGUGCACGUAAAUUGUGGUAGUUCCAGGAGUGUCCUCUUAUCACAUACAUCUCCACUAUCAAUCUAUUUUUUUAUUGCUUGUUUUUAGGGCUCGGAUUAGGGUUUAUUUCAUCUUCAUACAUGUCCCAAUCUGUCCAAGAUCGGUGGCAAUCACACUGGGGGCAACUGCUUUUUCCAGAUACUGCCAAUUUAAUACACCCUUUUACCAAUAAUGUUAUGCCUUAAAGGAGGUGUGGAGACUCUCGCUCUGUUUCUGUCUCCUCAUCUCCUCUUCCACCUAAUCAUUUUGAGAGGCUGGAAUUAAGAUGACAACAGCUGAAAAAAUUAUGACUAUCCCCAUGAAGUCCUGACAUUAGGAAUCCCCAUCCUCCACAGAGUCUAUCAACCAUGCAUCCAAAUACAAGGUUUAAAAACAUGCUAAGUAGCUGAGUGUGUAAUUAAAUAUAAUACAUCACAAAUCCAUGUAUUUAUAGUAAUGCAAGUUGGUGCUUGAGAAUAUUCCUAGUAGAAUAAAACACUAGUGUUCUCAAGUAUAUACGUAUCACAGAAAAAAGGAUUUGUCAUUUUCAUUCCUUAUGGACAUUUAUUCUACAUAAUUAAUUAGCAUACGUGCAUAUUGUGUCCUUUUGAUUUAACAUGAGCUUGUUUAUCACACUGGUUUAAUGUAUUGUAUGUUGACAGUUCCCAUACAGGAAUCCUCAUCCUCAUCCUCAUCUUUGGCUAAACACUGGGUCCAGCUUAGAAGACUUGAAAUUGUGAAUCAAAUGACUGAAGCUUGUCUGAAUCAGUGUCUCGAUGCCUUAAUUUCAAGAGCGGUUAUACUCAAGGAAGACUAUGAGCAAAUCAAGGCAAAAAGUACUAGGUCUUCAAAAGUUAGGCAGCUUAUUGACACAAGUGACAUUCAAGGAGAAGCAUUUGCCAGAAUUAUCGUAGAGAAGUUGAGAGACAACCGACAGAAUGAUCUUAGGCCAUUUCCAGAGAUAUAAAGGCUUAUUGGGCUUAAUGUUAUUAAGAUCUUGGUUCACUUUUCUUAUCAGACUCACAAUUUUUUUUGUGUAUUGCUAUUUUUACAGGUCUUUUAAACCACGGACCACAAGUUAAUUUACUGAAAACAAUUGGCAAACAGGAUAAUAUUAGUGUAUCUCUACAUUUUUGUAUAUAGCACAGCAUUAUCUAUGUAUCUGUCCAUCUUAGUCUAUUUUCAUAUAUGUAUACACAUACACAAUGUUUUAUGUAUGCUUUAUUACAUUAACCCGUUAAGGACACAACUUCUGGAAUAAACGGGAAUCAUGACGGAAUAUUUCCUUCGUGUGUCCUUAAGAGGUUAAAGGCACAGACUAAAUAACUUUGUGUUCCGCGUCCAUGCGUUCUUGUAAGCCUGUAGUGACGUGUACAGUUUUAUAGUCGCUCUAUUGGUUCAGUAACAAAUAUGUUCUGUAGUGAGGACAGUAAAUCAGGAAAUACGAAGCAACAUGUAUGUUUAAGCCAAUCUGAUUUGUCCAAAUUAUGCUAAAACUCCGUGGUUUAACCUGGAAUUUCAUCUGCUGUAGAAAUUACCUAAGCAAUUUAACUCAGCCAUGUAUUUGUGUGUUACAUUUUCAAAUAGCCUUGUUAUGACCUUUAGACCUGAAUUAAGAAAAUUAAAAUAUAGGGUUUUACGGUGCGAUACUGUCUAUCACAUCAUAAAGUAAUGGUAACUGGUAUUCAGUGAUGAUGUCUAACAAUAUUCAACAUGGUAUAUAUAUGUAUAUUGAGGAAAGAGAAAAGGUAUGAAUUUUACUUUUUAGUAUGUCAUGACAUUUUUGGGACAUUUCAAGCAACAUAACCACUAGAGUCUGCUGUAGUAGUUAUGGUGUCAUGAGUACCAUGACGCCAUCACAUGGUAAAAGGUCACAAUGUUUUACCACUGAUGCAGGACACUACUCGUUACGUUGGCCUAACGUGUUCAGAUAAUAUUCUCUGCUAAUGAGUGGUUUCUGCAUGGCUUUGCUGUGCUCGAAAAAGAUAAAUGUAGAAGUCCAGAAGGUAUAGAUGCAGCACAAGUGUCCUGCUGGACCCAAGUAUCUUGUCAGAACUCUGACAAUAAAGCCCUGACAGAAAUUAAAGGGAUACUAUAUUCAUUAAAACAACUCUAGCCUAAUGAAGCAAUUUAAUUAUAUAUAUAGCAUGCCCCUGCAAUCUCCCUACUUAAUUAUCUUCCAUUUAGAAGUUAGAUCACUUUUGUCUCCGUUUAUGCAGCACAAGCCACACUUGCCCUGGCUGUGACUGACAUCUUGCCAUGGAAUUUUGCAGGGCUACCUGACACCAUGACUGCUACAGAGGGCUGCAGUGGUUAUGGUGCUUGCAGUGUUCCUUUCACAAUAUGGCUAUUUUCUAAUAAGGACAAAUUCUUUGAAAUAGCUCAUUAUCUACAAUAACUGUUAUAAAUAUUUAAUAUUUUGUCAAUGCAAAGCACAUGCCUAUCACUUGUAAAUGUUACUGUAUUUGAGUGCUGCUCUGUACUACUUAUAUAGUUUUUUUGUUUUUGUAUUUUAAUCGAGGAGCAAUUAAUAAAUAAACAUGAUGUAUAGUGCAGUGAUGGCUGACCUCCGCACA